CCGGCAUCGAGUCUCGCGCCCGCACGCGCACAUCAAUCGCCCGCGUUUUGAAAUUAUUAUCGUUGUACGGGUUUUUGUCCAUAGAGUGCUACGCACGGGCACAAUAACCACGCACACCGGCACACCGCGGCUACCACUCUUCGCGCGCUCCAAACUCCAAGACAGUCAGUCACUCGCAGUCGGUCGUCCAGCCACGUUUUCCGGUGUUGUCCGUGAUCGCGUGUCCGCCGCACCGUAUGUAUUUGCACAACAGUUGUAUACGUAAUAUAGAGAAACGCGAUUCAUACCGGCUCUCUUCGCGAUAAACGCCCUCUAGUAUUUGCCGCCCCCCCCCUCCCGGGACGAUUAUCGAAUUUUCGUUUUGAUUUUGAUUUCUUUUUUUCAAUCGCGUCUAACCGAUCGCGAGCGCGUACCCCAAAAACCCACCGUCACCGCAAUCCGUUUCGAGCGCGCGCGUGCGUUCAAGACCUUAUUGAUAGCCAAAUACCUAUACUCGUCGCGCGGCACCGGUCAAACGCAUCGCGCACGAUAGUCUCACGGCGAUCGGGAUACGUACGACUCGUACGGCGACCCCGCGUAAUUGGUACAUUAGCCGAUAGCAGAUAGUUCCAGCGACCUCGCGGAGGUUGUUCACCGCGGUCGGUGGUCACAUCGGAAAAGUAAUAACGCUAGAAAAUAUAAUAUUAUUAUUAGUAUUAAUAUUAUUACACGUAUAUCUAGUGUACCUGCCUACAUGACGUUAUACGCGUAAUAUUAUCGUACGCCUACUUGUAUUUAAAGAGAGAGAGAGAGUGAGUGAGAGAGAGCGAGAGAGAGAAAACCUCGAAAAAUCUCGCUCGUCGGCGUAAUAUUAUUAUUGUCAUUGUGUUCGCACGCGCACUAACAAGGUCCCGUCUGGAACAGCCGUCGCGCGUUCAACACCUGCCCGCCCGUGCCAAAGGAGUUUUAUACAUAAAUCACAAUGCGAUAUUAUUAUCAUUAUUAUAGCGCGAUGUGUCGUUUUGUAGAUACCUGUACGCGCCGGUUGCCGUUGGUUCCGAGAUGACGGAAGAAGCGGUCUUCAGAGGUCCAGACAAUUCGGCCGAUCGCGCGAUGAGAUUCUCCCCGGCGAAACCCGUCGCGUUAUUCGCGGUGGUGGCCGUCGUUUCGGCCCUCGUGUUCGGCGUCGGUGAGUACCUUACCUGUGUAUACGCAAAUAUUACAACGCGCAGACGCGCCACCGAGUUACCGAAUGUUUCAAAAUUAUUUAUUUGUCCGGUAUUCCGAACAGUAUCGGAAAAAGGAUUUUACAUCCGAGUCGACACGUUGACCGCCGCGGCGUUUCAAUAGACGGCCACAGAUUGAGCACGCCGAAAACGGCACGCUAUACGCGCGGUAAUAGCGCAAAUGUCCGGGAGAAUAGAAGGUCCGUACCGAAAUGAUGUUGUCCCUCAAACGGCCGAGGGCCAAACGCGUAUUGGCGGUAUCGGUGUACCCGGCGAAACGGGCGAAAACGAACCGUGCAGCGAGUAGACGGGAUGAGCAAACCGAUCGCGGCGGUUAACUCGUUAACAACGUUGUGUGUGGUACAACUUUUUCGUCACUCGGUUCGACGUUUUCCCGUGCGAUCCGCGCGUUAUUAUUUUCUCGGCGAACAAUUUUUCGGGUUUUCGCGAAUUACCCAUGCGGUAAAAGACGCGUGGAAUUCCCAUGCGGUAUGGCAGGUACGUGUGGCCACUUUCGAUUGAACGUACCUACAGUUUUCGAAAUUCUCACCGUUCGUUCUGUUCGCAUUUUCUUCUCGGUUUUCCCGAAAGCGCCUGUUCAACACGUAUCCUUUUGCAAAUGUGUUCGGAAUAUUUCGAAAACACUUUCGUUGUAUCUAUUCGCAGAGCACCAUGACGAUAGGUCGCAGUGUCGGUAAUACACGCGUAUAAAACGUAGGGGCAUUACGCGUCACACGAAUAAUGCCCCUGCGCGUGUAAAAUGACUAAAACUCUGUAACGACUGGGACAUUUUUUUUCUAUUUCGUUUGCAGUUUAUUGUAAUAGUGACAAUACUGUACAACAAAUUAACAAAUCGCAUCAAUUUGGUGAAUUUUCUUAAAUUCAGAAUAAUAUAAAAACAAAACAAAUCGAUAUUUUAUAAAUAUCGAUAAAGAACAAAGAUGCACAUUGUGAUUAAAUUGUAACAGAUUAAAACACGCGUCUCAAGUUAUUGACAGGUCAAGUUAUACAGAAUGGUGAUUCAAUAAAUUCAAUUAUUUUACCCGAUGAUUUCGGUUUAGUUGCCGCCGAAAAAAAAAAAAAAUCGUGUACAGUGUUGAAGAAACGUAUGCAACUAAUAUAGUUUUGUACGUUUUAUGCACACGUAAAUAGUACGCGUAUUGUAUUCAACCGUGUUGUAUGCGUUGCAACCCUGAUUAUUAAUGUUGCACGCACACGUCCGGAAUGAAAAUGGUAAAAAAUUUGUUUACUCAGUAUUCCGUUACCGCAACAAUAACAUCUCGUGCGAAUCGAUAAUCACGAGAUACUGUCAUAUUUAUCACCGACUACGGUCAACGACGUCGACGACGCGCGUGCCGUUAAACGAAUACGCGCCGCGACAAGUACGACGUUAUUAAAAUCUAUUUUCAGAUUUGAACCGAACGAGGGGUACGCGCGCGGUAAAAAUAACGCGCGUCGGCGGGCACUUUAAGUUCGAACGAAUUCGUUAACAAUUAAUCAUUCGCCGUCCGUGCGUUUGAAUUGACAUGGAUUUCUUUCUUUUUCUUUUUCUUUUUCCCCGUGAGGGGGAGGUUGUGCCCAUAAUAAUUUCCCAGAGAGGCGGCGAUAUAAUGUCGUAACACCAGUGCACAUAGGUACGGCAAUACUAUUUCACCAUGAUGUUAUUACCGAUGAAAUCAAACCGCGCAAUGUAAAACUCGAUUUAGAAAAUAAAAAAAAAAAAAAAAACGGUACCUGAAGAAAGAAGUUUCGACAUUGGGGGUGCGUGUGUGUGUGCGUGUUUGUGUUUCUGACCUCUACCCCCCUCUCCGACGUGUGUGCGCCACUGUCGGCGGCAGCAGACGACACGCGUGCCGCGCCAUCGGAGGGAUUCGGUAGCUUUUUUUCGCGUGCGUCGGUAUUUUUAUUGCCGAGUUUCGGCCACGCGCUGGCAUUAUCGGACGCCUUGACAAAACUUCUCCGUAAAACUGCGGUUCCGUUCGAAAGUAAAAUUACAAAACGUUACCGGUUCUGUACCGUCUCGAUUCGCGUCCGUCCUUCGGAGCGAUAUCGAGCCACUGUUGUAUUGUAAUAGCGACGAACGGUGCGCGGUACAAUACGCAAAUGUCUCCGUCGGCAUUUUAGAUCCCGAGCGUGGCGUCGGAGCUAUUGGUUUUACGACGCUUGUUAUUUCUCUCUUCUUGUGGUCCGCGGACCCGUUUUUUCCUAGUAAACUCGCUCCGGUUUUCACGUGUAGCGGCUUUUCUGAAAGCCCGAGUUGUCUGUAUGGUACUUUAGAGAGGUCAUUUUUUUGAUUUUUUUUGAUUUUCGACGCCUUUUUUUUCGAAUUAAAGCACUCGAGUGGGAAGAAACGUAGGAAAACGUACAAUUUCGCGAGUUCGUUAUUUUAUGAAAAACACGGACGACGUUUUCCGCCAGAAAAAACGAUUUAAUCGAAAAAUCACACGGUAACUUUUUUGUUGCCUUUUUGAUUCACUUUGUUACGGUGUCGUCGCCAAAACUUUUGAACCACUUUUAGGCUUUUAAGGAAUUUUAAUUUCUGACAGUUAUUUUGCUGUUAUUCGGUAUAUAAAUAUACGUAGAGACUUGAAACUCGGUAAUAAUUCUUAUAUUGGACUUGCCCAGACGUGGUAAAAUCUCCAAAAAUAAUCGGACUACUUUUUUCUUUUUUUUUAAUCAAAUUUAAACGAAAAUCGUAAAAAUUACGGCACUUCAAAUUAUGUAUUAUCGAAGUGGCAUCGUCUCACGUCAAGCAAUGGUUUAUCGGUGCUCACAGACACAAAUGAAAUAACCCUGCGUAUCCUAUCUUCCCAAUUUGUUAUCUACAUCCCCAGUAUUAGUUUUUCUUUUUUUUUUCAGAAUAUUUUAGAAACAAAAUCGUCGGUCGACGAGAAGGUAAAAAAAAAAAAUAACGCGCAACAGAAGAUUUCGCGUACGCGACGAAAUAAUAAUAUUCGAAACGCCUCCGAUCGGCGGCGCGCGUUAUUACUCGCAGGAGAAGUGCAGAUGCGUUUCGGAUGCAUUAUUACUAUCUCCGUCGUCGUGCGCCUGUACGCACACAAUAAAAUAUCGGGUUACCCGCCGGCAAAUAGAAUAUUAUUGCAGGUCUCUCGGGGCGGCUCACGUUUUUUUUUUUUUUUUCGUUAUUUACUUCGUGUUCGUUCGUUUUUUUUUUUUUUUUAUAUCCUCCAAAGAAUUUUCCAGAACAAUGAUAAAAACGAUAAUAAUUAUAUUUAUAAUGGGGUACGUCCCGGGCAUACCGCGACCGCCGGGGUUCCGUUACUCCGUGCGAACGUAAAUAUAUUGUAAUAUACGCGCGCGGCGUAGGUAAAAAAAAAACAACAAUAUAAUCUAUAUAUAUAAAUAUAUAUUCAAUAAUAAUACGAAAUUGUUAUGGCCGCGGUCGUGAUUUUUAACCGUUCCCCGGCCCCGGUAGUCGCCGGGCGAUAAAACAAUAUCGCGAUGAUAGUAAUAAUAUUAUAGACUAUUUAUUAUAUUGUAAACGAACACCUGCAGCCGCCGCCGCCGCCGCCGCGCGCACCGUUAAUAUAAUAUAAUCCUUAAUACGUACGUACGUAUACAGUGGUGUUGUAUAUUACCGUGUACACGGACCGUUAAGAAUGUGUUUGUAGAUAACGAAACGCGCUCCGGCGCUCUUGUUUUUUUUUUUUUCAUCCGUCAUGUGUAUUGACUGCGUUUCCCGUAUUUAUAAAAUAAAACACGGCGGCGCGCGUUGUUAAAGUUGUUAAAGAGAUUAGAAAAAAAAAAUAAUAAUAAACGUUAAACCGGUGUAAUUUAAUAUCUGCGGCGGCGGCGGCCUCCUAGCGUCCUAAACACGAUCAAUCGCCCCGGUGGUUUUCUCACAGAACCGUAUUGGCCGGCGACGACGACGCCCUUAAUAGCGUUUUAGUUUAUAUCUCUCGUGUUUUAUUAAUACAAUUUAUAACCGUCGCUGUACACAACGGCGGCGUAACGGCCGCGUAACCCGUAGCCCCUUUUAUGCGUACACGCACACGCACGCGCGCACGCAAUCCCUUCGUACGCGCCGCCGCGCCCUUUCUUUCGGCGUGUUCGGCUAUACGUCUCGGCGACCCGCACCGACCAUUAGCCGGCGGACCCGCGUCCCUUUGUCGAAUUUUUAUUUUUUUUUUUUUAUUACUACUGUGCGCGCAAUACGUAUCCCAUACAUUAUUGUAUAAUGUUGCGGCGCGCGCGGUGUAUACGAGACUGUACGAGGCCGGUAGGUACGCGAUAAUGUGACGCGAUCGCGAAGGGCGCACCGCCGCCGCGGGCACGUGAAAUGUCAAGAGUUUAUAACGGCGAGCGCGUACCUGUGUCGCAUCACCGUCAGCGAGAAAUAAACCAGACAGUAAAAAACGAUUUAUAUCACCAACAGAACGAACGGUUCCUAUCAGUAUCUGCCUAUCUGGAAUAAACGACACAGUUAGGUACCCUAUUUACUGGAAACGGCUAUAAUUUUAAAAUAUACGCCUAGGUUUUGAUGGUUUAAUGCGUAGACAUAUUAUAAUAUAACGCACAUAAUAAUAUAAUAUAUUUCAACAUUUCCUCAAAUUGAUAGUAGUCGCCAAUCGCAGCUGUACAGUAGCCGUAGUAUUGAUUAAGUAUUUCUCACGACUGUCGCUUCUAAAAAUCACCGUUAGCUAUCUAUAUUCUCUAUAUACGAAAAAAAAAAAAUAAAAAAAUAGCAAGGUACCCAACUAUGUCAUUUAUUCCGAGUAGGCAGAUUAUGAUGAUAAGAACCGUUUAUUUUAUGUUUAGUGAUAUGAACCGGUUUUCUUCGUUGGUUUUAUUUUCACCGUCCGGGAUUCGUAUAUUUGUUGUAUUUUUUUUUCCACUACGAGCCACGGCGGCGGACUCGUACGGUAAAUAUGUAUUGAGUGGACUGUCGUACCGCCGUCAGCUGACGAGACGGACGUGCCGCACCGAUAUAAAAGUCGCGUAACGGCCGCGACACCGCGAUAAUGGCCGGACAACGCUCACCUGAACGGUUUACGGCAUUUUUUUGACGUGGGUACGACACUCGCGUUUACGGCGCGAUUUAUUAUAUUUACGUUGUGUACGCGGUCCGGGCAACGGCAACGCCGUACAAUAACACGGAGGUGCCUGCGUGAUAUAACAGUAUCGUGGUCGGUUUAUAGUGACUAAUGCUUUCCCCGUCCCCAUCUCGCCAUUAACGGUUUGCGGGUCGUUUUCGGACCGGUAGGGGUGGGGGACGGAAGUUUUCGCAUACAUAUCAAACAUUUGUGUGCGUGCGCGUGUGCGUGUGUUAUCCGAGAGCGUAGACGUAGGGCACUCGUCAAAACGGGCCGAUAAAUAAUAUUGUUACGAGGGGGACGACGGUUCGCUCCCCCUUUCUACGCGCGGCGCGCACAUCGCCGUCGUCGAGACCCCGAAAAAUACUGGCGGCCCGCAGAUUUCCUCCGUCUCGCCGCCGUCCAAUAAUAACGUUAUAACGUUCGCGCCCGCCAGUACCGCGGUACAAACUAUAUUCUAUUAUUAUUAUUAUUAUUAUUAUUAUUAUUAUUAUUAUUAUUAUUAUUAUUAUUAUUAUUAUAAUACACUGCGGACAUCGCCGUUAUAAUAUUAUACAAUAAUUAUAAUGAUAAUAAUAAUAACAAUAAUAAUACGUACGACGUCACAGUGAAUGUCACACGCAGACGUUUGAGCGGGCCGGGCGACGUGCGACGGAAAGUCAGUGCGGCGCAAUAAUAAUAAUUAUUAUUAUUGUUAUUAUCAUAGUCGCCGUUUUGAACGCAAUAAUAAUAAUAAUAAUAAUAAUAAUUAUUACUAUAAUCGUUAUGUAAAUAGUGGACGCGUGUGCGACGAUAAUCGUUUUCGUUAACGUAACGUUGUUAUCCGCCGUGACUUGUACUCACAAGUGGCGACGGCGGAGACUGCGGCAGGGCUGCACGACGUCGACGAUGACGACGACGACGACGACGUCGUUCCCCGGUCGGCCCGAUAAUAUAAUAAUAAUUGCUGUUAUCGCGUGCCCGCGCGAUGUCGUUUUUCAACCGGUGACACGGGCAAUAAUGUUUUACACGCGCCGUCGUCGUGUAUUGUGCCGUAUAACGCUGCGGCGCGGGACAGUAAUAAAUACCCAUUACAAUACCUAUUACCUUUUUCUGGUUGGGUGUUGGAGAAGGGGGGGGACGAAACGAAAAAUACGACUUAUCGCGGCGGCGGCGCCUUUCGAAAGAAAUAAUAAGGGUCGCCGAACGAAAACUGUCGCGGUGUUUUCUCUCUCUCUCUCUCUCUCUCGCCCUCUCCGAAAUUCCGGCGCGUCCGUUACGUAUAAAUAAUUACGAUAGUAUACCGGGCAGGUAAUAUAAAGAUAAUACCCGGUGCCCGGAUCAAUUGGUUUGGAAAACAAUUUCGUCGUUAAACAAAAAACACGAAACGACACGUCGCCGCGCCGACUGCCGGCCGCGGCUGGCGCACGGCGGAUUCGGUAGUGAUAUUUUUUUUCUCUCCUUUUUCCCCAUUUAAAAAUAAUAGCCGACGUGCUGUUGACCCACGCUCGUUUUGUAAUAACAACAACAACAACAACAACAAUAAUAAUGAUAAUAUGCACAACGGUAGUCCAGAGAAUUACAACCGAAAAACAUCGCGGCCGGCGUAUUGCGAUUAAACAUUAUUAUUAGUAUUAUUGUUAUUAUUAUUAAUAGCGGACCGUAAUUACAGCUGCGUUAUUGCGCGCUCGUCGGCCCCGCGACCCGCCGCCUGCCGGCCCCCACACACCAUCUCGUGCAGACCGUAACGGCGUCGGCGUCGCCGUUAUAAAUACACACGCGAUCCAGUAAUAUACCGUACAGCGCGCGGCACGGGUACAUUUAAAUAUAAAAGUAGUGUACGGCGGCGGCGGCGGCGUCGGCGGUGGUAAUAUUUUUAUGUACGCGUUGCACCACCACCGUCGUCGCCGUCGCCGGGCGUCAGCAGCAGCCAGCAUCACGCCGUCACCGCCGCCGCCGCCGCCGCCCGCGGAAUUGCCGGGGCGAUAAAAACAACGGCGGCGUUCGUGCGAAAAAAUACGAUCGAGUAUAUUAUUAUUAUAAUGCGUCGACGUGUCUCUCCCCCCCGCGUCGUUUCUUUUUCGCAUUGUGAUACGUACUGUUAUAAUACUAUUAUUAUAAGUGGCACAGGGCGAUUAUUAUGUUAUUUAUCGCGGACCCGCGCAUUAUCCGAACAAAACGAAGGCUUCAGCGGCGCACGCGUAAACUCCAACGAAAACGACGUUUUUAUCCGAAUUUAAAACACUGUGUAAACUCCUAUUGUACUGCUCGGUCCCUUUUUACCUGCCGAAAAUAUAUAGACGGCGUAAUCUCCUACACGGACCUUUUUACAUUUUCAAGUUAGGGUCUAGGCGAUGCUUAUUGCAUAUUAUAUUAUACUGCGAGUAAGCACUUUUAGUUUGUAUAUUAUUACGUAUUGUAAGUUUGUAUACGUUCUUUUGGAGAUAAUUUCGACGCUGUUUUGAUAAACGAGGAGGGGGGGGGUUUAUCAAAUUUCACUUUUUUUCAGCAAGCACACGAAAAAAAAAUAUAGCAAAACAGUUUUUAACGAUGUUUAUCGUGCAAAACAAUGAAAUUACUCGUUGUUCAACCUUGUAUACACUAAGUAUAUAUGCAUUGAAUGUGAUAUACGCCCUUUGAACAAAUCAGUAUAUUGAUUUAAUUAUAUGGCCGUAGCCCGUUCGGCUUCCGUUUUUCCCAAACGGCUCCCGUUUUACAAAAAGGAAAAUUUAUGUGAAUUCGAGGUUUCAUUUGCGUCUCGGAUUGUAUUUCGAUCGGUAUAUCAAUAACCUGAAAAAUAUUUGGAUGAGCAGUUUUGAAUUCGUUGUUGAAUUUACCGUGGAACGAUUCACAGCCAUUUGUGGUCAAAGAAGGGGAGGAUAAACACUCAGACCACAUUUCAGGAGGGCAACGAUUAUCUGCUAUCGACUACCCUACUCACGAGUAUUCAUUAUUACAGUUUACUUAUUAAUUGAAAAAUAUUUUAGUAAUAAAUGCUCCCACGUAUGAAAUUGUAAGAAUAUGAAUUUUGUUUUGGUUAUAUAUAAUACAAUUAAUACAAAUGUGGUUCCAGUCCGUUAUAACUCAGUCCGUGGAUUCAAUACGACUUGUUAUCGUAAAAAGGAAGAUAUGAUACGAAUGUUUCUGCGUCGCAUCUGUACUUAUUUUGUUACGAGAAAUAAACACGUAGCAUCGAAUGCCGAAGCCGUUUGGGAAUUUACUUAUUCGUGAAAUUUCCGAACAUUUCGAUAACUUAUACGUUAUUUCCGGUUACGGAAUUUAUUUCCUAUUAGCCGUUUAUUUGAUCAACAGCGGAAAUUAGUGGUUGAAAUUUUCAUUUGUGCCAAAAUUGAUUCAGUAAAAUCCAACAAUUGGGCUUUACAAAUCACUACAACAGUAAUAAAUAUGAAAUUAAAAAAUUCUUAGUUUAGAUACCUUUGGUUUACCAGUUUUGGAUGCCAAUGAUAUUUGAAAAUUCUUUCCUAUUUGAUUUAUAUUGAAAAUAAAACUUUUUGUUCCGGUCAAAAACUUUAUAGAAUUUUCUGGUAACAUUUUUGAUCUAGUUGGUACAUUGAAUAGGUCAUUUUUCGAUAUGGCUUUCAAUUGCAUAAUUGUUGUUCAUUCCUGUGUUAAGUCGGCAACAGAGGAAAAUAUAAUACUCCGCUCAGUAUCGCUUUUCGUCGGCAAUAGUUUAUUGUCGCGUACAGAUAUAAAUUAAAUUAUAUAACAAUCCUUCAUUUCUUCAAACUUUUCUCCUAUGACAGUGACACAUCCAUCAGUAUUAUUAAGGUUUCUUUUGGUCCCUUUUUGGAUCCGGACGUAAAAAUACGUGUUGCUAUUUAAAAAUCAAAAGUCGCGUAGGGAUAUAAUAUCGGAAAUAAAUGACUAUUGAAAAAACAAAAACCACGUCUCAUAAUCAAUUUUACUCAAUAUGUUUGUAUCUGUACAGUCUAAAAUUGUAUGGUAGAUAAUCGCCGGUUCUUGAUAAGACGGUCACUCUGUGUAAUAAUAUAUAAUAAUGUUUUAAUUUUUGGGUGCGCGUAUUUUGUUUUGUUUUGUUUAAUUUAUUUUUUUUUUUUUGACCGACCGGGGUUACGGGCGUAGGUCGGGUUUAUUUUAUUUUAUUACUAUGCCGACGGCGGCAGUGGGCACUCCCCGUAUUUUGAAAACGGGCACAAGGGCACAACGGCAAUAACGUAGGUAUAACAUACGGACGAACAAAACGGUGGCCCACCAUCAUCGUUUCAACGUUUUCACACAACAAUAAUGUUAAUAAUAAUAUUAUUAUUAUAAUUUUUGAUAAAAAUAAGUAGUGUUGUUGUAGUGUUAUUAUUCAAAAUAAUAGCCACCGCGACGACCACCUUCGGUGUUAAUUUUACGCGAUGAUUGCCGUAUAAUUUAAUUCCCAUUAUUAUAGGACUCGAUGAUGCAUAUUACGAAAAACGAUUUAAAUAUUAUGCAUCCGUAAUUGCAGUACAAAUUGAAUUAAUAUAGCCGUCCCGAUGUCUGCGAGCGUAUACAGGAAAUCGAAGCGCGCGAGUGACGGGCUUUGCAGACAAUAUUUUAUUUCUAUAUGCAACGUUACAUAUUAUUUUUCGAAACGAUUUAUUUAUCAACGUUUGACGGAAAUUAUUCUGGACGCGUGCCGUUUCCGCGAUUCUGUGAAAUACGUGUGUGAAACACGUAACGUUGUACCGGUAUGCGUAUAGAGAUAAAGGUUAUGAUAUUUUAUGUUUUACUGAAUGAAAUAGUUUUGAUGUACUACGGUUUCGUCCGUGUAUGGUGCAGCGGUCGUUGAUAAAAUAACUCGACCCGACGUUGUCGCAGAGUACGCGUUCGUUUAUUAAAAUGAACGAUUGACUUAUUGCCGGGCGAUGUUAUUAUUGAAUAUUUCCCUCGUGUUCUUGAUAAAAAAUCUUGCCGGGUUCGUUUUCAUUAGGAAUUCCUCCGAUUACAAUAUUAAUUGCUGUCCAUGUGGCGUGCAUUGACAACGAUAAUUUCACCGAAAUUAUACGGCCGAGUUCGCCUGUUUUGUUUGAUGGUACCUAUGGUUCGUCGUUAUAGAAGUUGUAUGUGCCCGAGGGGGGAGCGGAAGAAACCCCCUAUAACGUAAAUACGACAUUGAUUGGUGCAUGCACGAGCCCGCAUGUUUGUAUAGUAUAUAUCAGUUAAUCGAUCGUGUUAACAACGGUUAUAUAUUAGGAAAGUAUGUAGCGGUUAUAUUAAGAGGGGGGGGGUUGGUAUAUGAAAUAAAAAGAACGAAAACUCCCGCUCCUCGAUGUUACAAUAUUAUUCAAUUUGUUUUCGUGACGUAUUCGUGCGAAACUCGUGUGUUUCAUCGUAGUCGCCACUGUUCUGCACACGAUUAUAUCAUAAUCGCAUACAUACACGCGGACGCGGUUUUCGUCGUCGUAAACGCCGCCGUCUUACACGGGAUCAUUUUUAUUAUUAUUAUUUUUUUUUCACGUGUCAUUAUACGAGUCGACCGCGUUGAUGAAUUGUCAGUGUCGCGAGCGGGCCCGGGGGGAGGGGCGGGGGGGGAACUAUAUAUUAAAAAUAGCCGUUUAUCGAACCCGGUCGCGGGACGCGUGUUGCCUAUAAUAUCGCGGCGACCGCGCGGCGGCGGUAGCAGCUGCCGCUGCGUGCCGUCACUCGUGCACCGGAAAAGAGUGAAACGGUUCGCGGUAGCGGCGGCGACGCGGUGGAAGAGGAGGAGCGGUCCCCGAAGGAGUACCAGGACAGAGGAGUCGCUGCAACAGCAGCUGCCUACCGCAGGAACUGCGGUCCGUCGCCGAAAGAGUAUACACGUGAAAUUGUUAAACAUUCCCGCCGUGUGUUAUUAUAAUAUUCGUCGCAAACGAGGUUACCCAACGUUGUACAGAUCACACGCGCACACGAUUAUGGGUUCAUCCGAUUUUUAACAAGCAUAUAAAACGGAAAAAACCGUAAAAAAAAAAAAAAAAAACUAAUAAAUAAUCCGCCGUAUAUUAAUAGUGACGACCCAACCCGCAUGUCGAACGACGUGCGGCGAUAAAAGGGCGAGGCGGACGACGAAAUUGCGUUUGCCGGACCCGCCAAUCGUCGGUGUGACGCUGUUUAUUAUUGACGCGAUCGGGUUUUUUUUUUUCCGAAACAAAAUAUUUAAUUUUAUCGUAUAAUGUAUAUUGAUAUUUAUAUAUUUAGAUUCCGCGACGUGCCCUUUUUUUGAAUUAUAAACUGUUAUAUUGUACAAUACGAAUCGACGACGAAAUAUUAAUAAUAAUAAUUGUACGCGAUUAUAACAUAUCGGAAAAGUGGCGAGUGGGAGCGGUGGGGGNGGGGGGGGGGGGGGGGGGGGGGGGGGGGGGGGGUGAGAGUAAAAAGGAGCGGUGCAGUCGUUGUCACGGUCGAAUAUAUUAUUAUUUUAAAUAAUAUUAUGCGCGCCUAUACAGAGUUAUGAUGACGACCCGCCGCCGCACCCCUUUCCCCGGCAUCGAUAAUAAUAUUAUUAUUAUUAUGCUUUGCCUAUUGUUUCGAACGGAAUAUUUAAUAACGAUAUACGAGUAUUUGUGUCCAAAGCAAUCGCGUCGUCGGUCGUAUUUGGUCGCGCUGCCGCCAACGACGACGACGACCGCGACCGCGGUCCCGGUAUACUCCGUUCGGUAUACCCGGACGAUUCGUCAUCGAGUCGGGUUCGUUUAUGAUAAUGAUAUUAUUAUUGUUAAUAAUGGGGCCGUAACAUUAUUAUUGUCGUGUAACCCGACGGAUUGUCCGUCUUUUUCUCCUUUUUUUCAUAUGUGACUAAUUACUACAAUAACGAUAAUCUCCCGUAUAUUAAAAUAACGCGUACUAUUAUUAAACAAAUAUAUAUGUACAUAUAUAGCGCGCCGCUGCAGCCCGCAUUACAAUAAUAUCGGCGGCGGCGACACAUGCGACACACAAAACCGACGUGUGCAUUACAAAACGGGGAGAAAUCCGAGACGGUUUAUCUCGGUGUGUCGUAUAAUAUAAUAAUAUUAUAUACUCUGCAGGUACGCGAUUUGAAUAAUCGCCGUCAUCGUCGUGUGUGUGUCGGUUAUUAUACGAGCAUUUCUUAUUAGGCGGUAUACGGUAAUAUACAAAUGUAUAUACAUACUUGAUGUAUUUAAAUAUCGUGAUAGCGUUGACCGCAGGUUAUAUCGUUUUACUCGUACACGUAUAUGGAUAGGUAGGUAUAAUCGUUUCUAUAAAAAUCUCUACACACACAUACACACACACACACACACACACACACACACACACACUAUUAUACCGUACCUAUACGUAGGGCAGGUAUGCACGACAAGCCGACAAAAGCGUAUUAUUACGAGUCUAUAAUGUAAAAUGUCCGUGUACAUUAUAAUAACGUUAUACUUUCACCGAGUCGGACGUACCCGGGUAUGUUAUUUUUUCGAGGAUCGCGGGGUGACCGCCGCCGCGCCGACAACUACAACCCUGACGCAAACCCGAGCAACACCCCUCGUCAUCGUCGGGAUUUCUCGUUGUUUUCUCGCUCCCAUUGUCUUUCGAAAAAUAACAACAGUGAAUAGAAAAAAAAAAAAAUGUGAUUAUUAUUAUUAGGCUCUCGUUGCGGUGUUGUAUUGGUCGUUUGCCACCCGCAAUCCGUCGCCGUAACACGACGAUAAUAUAUUGUUCGACGUCGCCACGUGAUCGCGCAUAUAUUUGAGCGUAUAUUAUCCGUACGGUUCGAUAACUAUCACAUAUACCAUAACAUUAAUAUUACUGCACCGGAGCUAUGCGCUACGCGUAGGCCAAGUUUUGUUUUUUUUUUUUGUUUCUUUGUUAAUUUUUCGUCUUUCUCCCCCCACCACCCCCCUACCUACACCCCCCUCUCCGAUCGUCGUUUAACGGCGUACAUUUUCUCGUAUACAUGCCGUUGUGCGCCGCCGCGUCGCGUCGUUCGGCUUCACACUACGAUAUAGCAUGUAUAGUAUAGCCCAGCCAUCGCGCCUCGCCCGUUGUUCGAAUAUAAUAGUUUUUUUUUUUUUUGGUUUUUUUUUUUUCCUCUAAACACAUAUGAAUCGUAUAAAUAAAAACACCGCGUUAUGUAUGAAUUCACAACCGCCGUGUGGUUCUUUUUCGAUAUUACAAUAAUAUGUAUAUACGCGCGCAGUAGCGACGAAACGCUGCGCGGCAUAUGGUUGCUGUAAUAUUAUUGUGACGACGACGUCUACCGCCCGCGGUACGGUCGCCGGGGGAAAAAAAAAAAAAAAUAACAAUAUUUUUUUACGACCGCAGCCGCCGUUUUCGGCCCGUCGAAAAAAUUAGUUUACUAAUUUUUGUGUAUUUUAUACGUGUAACGCGCACGCAACAAUUAACAAUAACGAUAAUGCUGUAAUGUGUAUACAUUUACCGAGUAUUAUAAUAUACCGACACAACAAUGGAGACGGCCAGAACAUCGUACUGCGGUAGUUAUUAUCAUUGUUAUAACCUACCGUACUUUUCGUUACACGGCGAGCGCAACAAUAUUAUCGUCGUGUACCCACGCUCGCGCAAUUAACGCGGGUCCGCGGUGGGUGUUGUGUAUUAUUGUACGUACUUACGGAGUUUAUAAAAAAAAAAAAAAAAAACAAAAUAUCACGCGGAUGAAAUGUCUACGAAAUUUAGAAUUGUGUUCGACCGUCGUUGUCUGUACAGCGGCAGUUUUCAACUCGUGCGUCGCGGUUUAUUAACGGGGGAGCCGCGUCCGCAGUAAAAUAUAUUACAGUAGAGAUACGGUAACACAGAAAAUGUGCUUGUUUCAUUCGCUUUCGAAUUAUUAUCAUUAUUCGUAAUGGAGCCGGUAGUUCGGUUUUCAAAACCAGUAGAGUAUCGUGGACCCGAAAAGGUUGAAGACCGCUGGUCUAUAUAGACGUCCUGCCCGCGUGUAUUAUGGGCCUAGUUUACAUUCAGCCCACUUCCGAGGCAGUGAGCAUAAAAGUGGGUAGCGCCCGUAUGUAAACACGUCACACGCGCUGAACAUGCUGUGCUCAACGCUCCCGUGAAGAGCGGUAAAUUGAGCAGCAACCUAACCGGCACGCAUACGCUGCGCGUAUUAGCGGGACGAUAUAAACACUCGAUGGCUACUACGCUGCCACUGAAACAUUUUGGGAAUUAAAUACAGCAGCGCGAGAAACGGUUAUGAGGUGUAUGGGUUUAGCACGCCGUCUAUUGUACGCGGGACGAUUGUAUACGAGUCGUUUUUUUUUUUUUUUUUUAUCACGAACCGGCGGCGAUUGUACAACACAUGCGAACGUUUCGAUUUCCGGCAUAAAAGAGCGUUUUGAGUGCGAUGGUCGAUUCGACGGGGACGGACUUAAUUUCAAAUUACCAAUUCGACUAACAGCUUUGUUCGCGAGCCGCGCAGCCGGGCUUGAGGGGUGCGUGUCCGUCGGUGGACGUUUGAAUGUAAAAACGAAAAACACGACUUUACGGUAAAUCGAACAAACUGCAGAUUCCCGUCGCCCGAAAUGUGUGUUCAGUCACGAUCUCGGAGCUCGAUUUUCUAUGAAACCGUGUUCGCCAUUUUAAACGAGUUUCAGAUCUGCAUCGUUGCGAUUAAUGAAAUAACGAAAAUUGAUCUCGACUUAACAGUAUUCAAUUUAAAUAAAUGCACAAGUAUACCUAAACCUGCAAUGUCCCGUGGUAUCGUUACGAGUAAUAAAGGUUUAAAAUUUAGACCGGAAGAAUAGGGAAAGGUUAACCAAACAUGGUUAUGAUAUGACAUUUAUUAUAUAUCCUCCCAUGCUAUUCUUCCUGUAUACAUUUUAAACUGCAGUUAUAAUUAAACGGUACAUAAACGGUACGUACCGUGUAUAUACGAAAUUAUAGUUUUAUGUGGACGUAUUAAUAAUUUUUACGAAAAAUAAAUAUAUUUUUUUUUUUUUUUUUUUUACAAUCCUAGUUGAACUAUGUAGGUUGCUAUUUGAACUACAUUUGCAACAAAAAUGCAUUGUAGUAUUAUAAUAUAAUAUAUUUGUGGUUUUCAACGAGAUAUACUCGUAUAUAUGUAUGUAAGGAAAAACGUUGAAAUUACUUAAAAUACAAGAAAUACAUUUAAACGGUUCUAUCGUUGAAAAUGAAACAGCUGAAAUUUGUUUUAACAUUAAAAAAUGGCAAAAUCAAUUGUAUACACUUGGAGUAAUAUGUACUAGUAGUGGGGUGUACUCUGAAAUAAUCUUAUAUACAAUUUAUUAUUUCGAUAAUUUACGAAUUCCAUUAUUGAAAUAUACAAGAUUAUUGCAUCAGAUACAAAAUGACAGUGUAAAUGUUUUCACAAAUAUCAAUUUUCUUAUCGUGAAAAGUACAUUGAUUCCAAGUCAUGUUUUAUUUUUAUCAUCAAAUAUUUUAUUGAUAAGGAGUAUAAGGCUACAAGGAAAAAACCAGAAAAGUCACUUUUUUUUUCAAAACGGCGAUAUCGGUAUCAAAUAUUUUUUAUUGGCUUUCCGUAUUUUUUAUGCGAUCGAAACGGCGAAAAAACCAGAUUAUUCGAAAGUAAUGAAUGCCAAAAGUUUAGAUCUACAGGAAAAUCAAAAAUAAACGGUCAAUUUAUAACCAUCAGAUAAAUUUUGAAUUAAUACACGGCUAUAUAUUAUAGCCUUGGUUAGACAAUAAGACAAUAUGACAUUAUUUUACGUUGCGGUUAUUGCGUUACAAAAUUUACCAUUAAUCCGAACUUUUAAAACUGUGUAAAAUAUUGUUACGUUUUUCUCAGUUAGAAAAAAAAAAAUGACUUUCCUGGUUUUUUCCUUGUACCCUUCAAAUGCAAAAUAACCUUGCAGCGUACAUUUCAACCAUGACGACUUCUCAUUUGAAUAUCGCCGGUCCGCGAUAAAAAAAAAAAAAAUAAGCACCCUGUAUCAUUAUUACUGCUAAGUAUUCGUUAGAAUAUCAUAUAAUAAUAAUAAUAAUAAUAAUAAUAAUAAUGUUAUAAUGAUUAUUAUUUCAUACCGAUAUAAUAACGUUCGCUAUCGAUACCCGGAUGCGUUGCAUACGUAUAUCAGGCAACAUAUAUCAGCAGCUUUAAACAAUAAUAACACAAUAUAUUACAUGUAAUAACAUUAAAGACUAUAUAUUUAUAUAUACGGUCGCGCCGUUGCACCUAUGCUCCUACUGUUUCCCGGAAUUUUGGCUUUGUGUACAGCGUAAACCGCGCCCUCGACAGAAUAUAAAAAAAAAAAAAAAAAAGUUAAUAAAAAACCGCGCUCGGGCUUCGUUCGGUAAACACGCGAGCGUGCUGCUAUAUCCAUGUUAUCAGCGUGUGUUCGCUAAUUUUUCAUCCGGGCGAAAACAGUGCAGGUGCAAUUGCAUCAUUCAUUAUAUUAUAUUAUAUUAUAUUUUCGUACACAUUAAACACACCACGCAUUUCGCUAUAUAUUAUUAUAACAAUAUAAUUGCCGCGGUGUAUACAUAUUUUUUUUUUUUUUUUACGUACUAUUUUCAGUAAAUAUUGUUAUCUAUGUUAUAUACAUAAAAACCCACUGUAUAUUAUUAAUUAUACAACGUGACUAAUGCAAGCGCGAGAAUACUUUUUUUUUUUUUUUUUCUAAAUACCUAGCCGUUAUAAUAUGGGUGCGCCGACGGGGCGACACGGGAACAACAGCAGCCGAGGACGCGUUUUAGGCCCGCACAAAUUGUUCUCAAACCUUCGUUAUAGUUGUUGAUAUAGUUUAUCGCGCGCGGCACAGGUAAAUCGUGAACUUUUUUAUUGUAUUAAAAUUCGUCGGUUUCAUUGUAUUGUUUUCAUUCGUAGUACUCGGUAUGGUAUGCGUACACGGGCGCCCGGAAGGAUGCAAGACGGGGCACCUGUUUCCCACUGGAUUUUCAAAUUUCAAAUUUAAUUUUAAUAAUUCGAUUAUUCAUACAAUUUUCGGGUGUUUGGUUUUAUUAUGCGCCUCGCUAUGUCAGCCUGGUCGUCAUUAAAGGGCCAUCUUAUUUGCGGUUGUACGUAAAAAAAAGAAAAAAUAUUAAUAAAAAAGGUCAUUCGAAACUUCACUAAGACAUUGUUCCUCCCUGAUAAAUUUCCUGCGGGCGCUCAUGUUAUGCACACAUCAUGAUAAUAUAUAUCGUAGCACGCGGUAUAACACAAUUUAGUUUAUGGAAAGUUCGGUUCAUUUCAAUGUCUUCAUCACUCCGCAUCAUUUACAUAAUUUAAACUAUUGACUACGCCAACAAAUAUUUGUGCGGCAAUAAUGCGCACCGAUUGGUUAAGCCCCGUCUUUUGUGUUCAAAAACUAUAAGUUAUUGGAGAGUUCGAAUUAUAUAAUAUUAUAAUAUGUACUUAUUCGGUUGUGAAACUUUGAUUUUUUGUUAUUUUCGUGUUUUCUUUUUUUUUUAGCGAAGAGGUGGAUUCUUAACAAUUUGUGGUUUUUUUUUACAUAAUAUAAAUCGCGUUUAUAAACACUGUCAAUGAUCGCGUGUCGUAUCGUGCGGAAAAAACAUUUUGUAAAUUAAUUAAUUUUUUUUUUUUUGUGCAAUUUGAAAUGAAUUUCGAGCUGUUUUUCGGAGUAUGAUUUUAAGUAGUACCUUUUAACUGUUUUUUUAAAAUUAUAUUUUGUGUUUUUAGCGCAUGCAAUAUUUACAGCCUUGAUCGUGUUAUCGACGGUUAUUCAUUUCUUUUUUUUUUUUCGUUAAAACGUUUCGUAAUACCCGAUAACGCACGGGUAUACCUAAUAUAGACCUCUGGCGGUCUGCAUGCGGCGUGCUCGACACUCCCACUGGAUAUGUCCUCUUCAAUCGUUAUACGUUUCGUUUUUUUUUUUUUUUUUUUUUUUUUUUUUUUAAAUAGAAAACAUAUUACCUAUUCAAUUUAUUUAUCUAGACCGGAACGACAUCUGAACUCAGUUGUUNUAGCGCAUGCAAUAUUUACAGCCUUGAUCGUGUUAUCGACGGUUAUUCAUUUCUUUUUUUUUUUUUUUUUAAAUAGAAAACAUAUUACCUAUUCAAUUUAUUUAUCUAGACCGGAACGACAUCUGAACUCAGUUGUUAUAACGAGCACUCGGGAGACAUUAUAAUAUAGGUACGCGCUUUUGUGUUUUACAAUUUAUUAUACAAACACCGAAGUUGUUGUAAACAUCGCGACACGCGCGCGUUUCGAUUAUUCGGAGGUAUAGUUUUCGGUUUGGGCGCUAAACUUAUAUUAAAUAACGUUUUCGAACGCAACAAAAAUGAUUGACGUAAAGCAGUUUUUUUUUUUUAAAUAAAAUUGAACCUAUACCUGUACAUAUAUAAUACGCCUAUCGAAAACGAAAAUCACGUUGGGUUUGUUUCAUUUUUGUAGUCGAAAAUUAUAUUUUUUUACAAUUCAGAGCUAUUAGAGGGGCAAUUUUCAAACGUAUUUUAUGUAUUUCUUAUGGCUUAUAUACACUAUUUAUAGAGGGACAACAGUAUGUAUAUAUUAGAACAUUUAAUAUUAAAAAAAAAAAAGCAUUUUUAAAUUGGCAGAAUGUCUUGGAUUGUUACCACUGAGUAAUUUUCCUACUCGAAUCACUCUUAACCUAUUUACUGUGCAUAUUUUUGUAUAGAUUAGAUAUUUUGUUCAAUAAUAAUUAUAUAAAAAAAAAAAAACAAAUAAGUCAGAAAGUUGCGAAUUUGUCAGUUAUAGUUCUAAUCAUAAGUAUAAUAACCAACAAUUAAUAGCGAUAAUAACCUGUAACUCAAAGGCGAUCAUCACUUACCGAAAUAAAUACAGUUCGUAAUAUGAUCACGGUUUUAGCGUGGCGUACACGACGUGGUAAUGAGCGAACAAUGAUAAUGCACCGUGACUAUUAUUUAUUAUUAUUUUUUUUUUUUUCUUUCUAAAUAUUUGAAUACGCAUUAUUAUAUUGUACCUCGCGAUUUUUCGACAAAAACGUACACGCCGGCGUGUACACUAUAUUGUGUUAUAGUCGUGCGGGUACGUGCCUCGAAACAAUCCGUUAGAACGCGCGUGUACACAGGUAUACAGAGAAACGUGCGCCUAUUGUACGCGACAAUAAUAAUAUUGUAAAAUAUAUGCUACACGUGUGCUACUAUAAUAUAUUAUACGGUAUCUAAAACGUUUUUACGCGAUGCUCCCUGAAAAGCGGCGCCUAUUUAUUAUAAUCAUAAUUGUCAUUGCCGCAGCAGGCAUACGACGGGCAUACACGCGCUGGCCCAAUCCGGUAACGCCCGUGCCAGCUCCCGCGCGAACUAUACGCAAUACACCAAUAUUGGGCAAUCGACAAAAGCGACGGAACGCGCCUCGCGGACGAUAAACCAACUCGUUUGCCGCUCGUCGUACUUGCGGUCGUUAUUUAUCCGGAACGCGCGCAGGAAAAAAAACAAAAAAAAAAAAAUAAUAAAAUACGGACCAUAUACGUCCGGACAUUGUUUCCGAGAAUCGUUUAAUUUUAUGCGCUUACGGUGACGCGUGAGCACGCGCGAGCGUGCGCGCAGCCGAUCCGGUUCGUAUUUCCCCCACCUCCUCCCGUCUUUUCUCACUGUUAUUUCUGUGACGCUAAGACGUUUAAUUAUUAUUGGGCACGAGCACCGCAUCGAGUCUCCACGGAUAUUAUUGUAUUGUAUCGUAAUACGCGGGGCGGCUGCGUAUCCGGGAGGCCGUGUUUUGGAUUCUGAACAAAGCGAAGGAAUUUAUCGGUUUUGCUAUACGCGUUUAUGUUUCGUGGCUGCCGCGCCGCGUCCGUAUCAGCGACUUUUCUACCGGACGUCUCGCUCCAAUCCAAAAACGUACAAACGAAACUUUCUUCUAGAAUUUUUUCAAUCUAGUCGCCGCUGCACCGACGAGGUCUGCAAUAAUACGCUCUGCUUAACAUCGUUUUUCAUUACAGCAACGGUUUGUCGUUGCGUACACGCUCUCAUACAUAAAUUAAAUUAUUAUUCGACACAUCCUCCCUUCCAACUUGCCUCCUAAAACAGCGACACACCCAUCAUUGCUGGCGGUAUCAGUUAUUUUUAGAGUUUGGUUUUAGUCAUGCCCCUCCUCAAAAAAAAAAAAAAAAAUCCCAGGUACGGCACUGAUAAACGUAUUAUAAUAGCGUGGUGUACGAUAUCUAUCGAUUGCGGACGCGAAAAACAUGCAAACAAUACCACAUAACCACUAUACUUAUUAUAUAAUAUUAUUAUUACUGACGCGAUACGACGCGUCAAUUUUCUGUCUAUUCAUUAAUAUUCCGCGACUACGAUUGCUAUAAUACGAUAAUAAUAUAGCGAUGUACAAUAUUAUUAAAUAAUCAUAUCGAUAUAAAUGUCCAUACAGUAUAAUAUACGUCGGUAGGUAUGUUUGGUUUUUUUUUUUUUUUUUCACAUCGGUUACAUUUUUUAUUAAUGAAAUCCACUGUUUUUUCAUAUGCAUAGUUUAUAUAUAUAUUUUUUUUUUUUCACAAACUAUGCAUUGAUAUCCGGUAUAAUGGUCAUCAUUAUUCCAAGCAUUGACUCGUUCUAUUAUAUUAUAUACCUGCAGGCUCGCCUUCUGUUACACAUUUUCGCGAUGUAAAGAAAUCUUGUAUAAUAUUAAAUUAUAUGUUAUGUUCUCUCGGUAUGCGCGUAAUUUUUUGUAAGAGACGCGUGCGUUGAAAAAAAAAUAAAGAAGAAAAAAUAAACCAAUAGCACUGCAGUGGUCGUAAACUUGAAUUACUAUACCAACGGUCUGUAAUUUAUAAGUCAAAAGUUUGCGGGGGGCCAAAUUGAUGAUAACCUUUAUUUCUGCUCAUUCGUUUAGUAUGUUCAACUAGAUAACAAUUAUUAAUAUAUUAUAAUAUAUUGUAUUAUAAUGGCUCGCACUAAAAAGUAAAUAAUCAUCGAAAAUCUUUUGGAGAAUAGCAAAUGUUUUAAAAUUAUUCUAAUGAGUAAUAUAUAUUAUACGUUUAUUAUUUGUGAAAGUUAUAAUUUUUUUCGUUAUUAUAUAAUGCUCAGGAUGUCCCACCGUGGUGUUCCCCGGAUUUGUAUAGAGCUAUUUUAAAUAGAUUUUUUUCAAUCUGUUUUUCUUCGAAGGGGACAUUUAUUUGGUGAAAAGUUAAUUUUUAGUUUCAUUCCUUAAGCGCUAAAAAAAAAAUGCAUUAAUACAACAUUUUGAAAAUAGCCACUUUGAUAAAGAUAUUAUUCUGAAAAUUUGAAUGUCAAUGUAUUCAUAUCCGAUCAACAGUUUCAUAGUUAUAACCGUUUAAAUAUCUAGUAAAUAGACGUAAAAACAAUUAAUGUACAAUAAAAGAUAAGGAAUUACCUUGCUGAUUGUUUUUCCUUAUCAAGUAACUUGUUAUUCUAUUAAAAAUUAAUUGUUUUUACACCAAUUAUCUAGAUAUUCAAAUUGCUAUAACUAAGAAACUAUUGAUUGGUGUAUGACUAUGAUACAUCAACAUUUUUGACAAAUAUCUUCUACAAAGUGAAUUCACAUCUUCCAAAAUUUUGGAAAGCCGACAAAUAAAGUUAUUUUUUGUUGGCAAUAAAUGGAUGGAAAUAAAUAUUUAAUUUUUCUCUAAAUAAUUGUUUCCCUCAAAUGUUAACAAAUUGCAAUUAAAAAAUAAAAUUUAAAUAUAUUGAUAUCAAAUCAAAUAUAUUAAAAGAACACGAUGAGACAUCCUGUAUAUUAUUGCCUGUCGAUACCUGUUUUAGUGUACAACGCAAAAUUACUCGAAUAAUAUGUUUGAUACAUUUGAGUUAACCAUAAAUGAAGUUUCAAAUAACAGAACAAUAUUUAAUUGUACUUACAUAAUAUUUGUAAUAUUCAAAUUUGAAAAUUAUUGAUACAUCUAGUAAUAUCAGUACAAGAUAAUUCCUAAUCCGAAUAAUGUUAGUUCGUUUUUUAAGGAAACGUUUAGUUUUAUUUCUCACGAAACAAUCGAUUUUAUUGAAUAAAUUCAUUAAGAUUAUUGAAAAUUUCUCGGUGAUCUCGUGCAACCAUAUCAGGUUUGAACAAGCAGUUCAACUGUUGGAUAUCAAACGUUGGAUAUCACUUUUAAAGAAUAAUAAUAUAGUUUUAAAUUGGUCUUUUAACUAUAUUUCAUUAAAGUUAUUAUCUUUUAAGCCAUAAUUAGAAAAAAAAAAAUUAUCGUUGUAAUUAAAAAAAAGAGCUGAUAUUAUUGAUGGGUGUGCCCCUGCUUUAGGAGGAAAUAGUUAUAGAGGGAAGAUAGUCAUUUCAUUUAUAUUUGUACGUAACGAUAAAUAAUUGAUAGGUAAUAAAAAAAAAGAUUCAAAACAGAGUACUGUCAGUCGACACAAAAAAAUUAAAUAAAAAUCGCACACAUUCCUCUCUUCACUCAGAAUUUAAAAUUACUAAUUAAAUAUUAUGCGGCUCAUAAUUUUUAAUUUUCAAGUCAUACAAAAUUGUUGACGUCAGUUAUGGAUUCAGUGACCUCCGACUAGUCUAAAAAUGUUUACCUCCCAAUUUGCAUUCGUUUGUUUUAAGGUUUGCCAAGUUAAAGGGUUGAUGCGCCUUGUCGCUAACAUUGGUUUUCUUUGUCUGUUUCGCGAGUAAUAUAUAGCACAAAAAGUAUUCCGUAUUUUCACGACUAUUUUGUGACUCUCUAGUUGAGGGCAAAGGGAUUUAUUAAACAUUUUAUAAAAAAGCGUAUUUACCAUGGAUCUUACAAACGACUAUUUUAAUGUUUUCAUUUCUUAUUAAGUGGACGCUACACUCGCAUCUACUGUCUUAGUUUAACUACCAGGCAACAUGCAAAAACAAUACUUACGCAGAUUAAUUAAAGUAAAACUAGCUUAAUUUUUAUUUUAGAGUAAAAGUACCUAUUAUGACAUUUGUAGAGAACAAUAAUUCGGAGGUAAUCUCAUAAGCGGUUUUUGAAAUAUAAAUUAUUAAAAAAAAUUAAAGUUAUUUAAAAAAAAAGAGAUUUUUGUUUCUUUUAUAUCGAGCUGUAUACUUAGAAAAAUCAAAAACUCGAUGAGGUUUCCUCCAAAAUGUUCUUCUCUAUGUAUUUCUUAGUAGAUAUUUUUAAUACAAAAUCAAAAUUAAGCUAGUUUUACUUAGUUUGCGUAAGCAUUGUUUUUGCAUGUUGCUCGGUAAUUGGACUGAGACAGUAGAUAAGGAUGUGGCGUUAUUUUAAGUAAUUAAUGUUAUUAAAUUAUCGAUAUUAUUGUUCUAAUAAUUUCUUUAUCUGACAAUCCGAUUAGGUAACUAAUAUCAUACAGGUACCUAGUUAUUCGUCAGAUAAUUUUUUUAUUUCACAGAAAAAUGUUUGAAAAUAACUAUUUAUUGGCACUUUAUUCAUCGAAUAAUAGCUUUAUUCUGACAUUGAAAAACUGAUAAUAAUUACUUUUUCUUAAUAGCCGAAUAACUCGGGUGUGUGUGUUAUUCGUCGAAUAAAUUUGAUCAUUUAAAUGUUAAAAUUUGAUACUUAACGUGUUAAAUUAAAUCUAAAAAACUAUUUUUACAAUUAUUUAGAUACAGUACGAAUUUUUGACUUUAGUCUUUGUGAUUAAUCUUGUUUUCACGCUUGUAACAUUUUACGGGAGCUUAAUCGUCUAUCAAUAAAACUAGUAGUAAUUAUAUAUCCUUGAUAAGACACUGCAGGUGAUUCCAGAGAGGUGGGUCUAUCCUUGGCCUGUGUGUUUAUGUGUACAGACGUAGUCCAAUAAGUAAUGUAUUUUUGUUCGUCCCAUGACGGAUACCAAAUUAUCACCUCUCCUCGGGUAAUAAAAAAAAUGAAAAAGUAUAAAAUAAAAUAUAAAAUAAACGAAUGACUUGAUACUUUUUUUUAGUAAUGAGUAUAUAUUUCACUAUUGAAUAAAUUAUAAUAUAUAAUAUUUUUUUAUCGAUAUGCCAUUUAUGCGAUUAAGUUGUAAACUAUAAAGCGCUAUACGCACGUUUUAUAGUUACCGGUAAUUAUAGUGUACCACAUCAAAUUAAUUACCGUAUCCUUAAUAAUGGGGGUGGGAAUGUGAUAUGUUUAUUAUGUAUAAUAUUUCAAAAUAUUUUCGAACCCCUCCAUUGGGACUUGCCGAGAACCGCUACUGUUACAAGAUUUGUUGUUUAAAAUAUUAUAGAAUAUUAUUAUUCGAGUCCAAAAAUAAUAAUUUCGCAUCAGAAUGUUAGACGCGCCGCCGUUGAGUUUUAAUCGUAAAAAAUAAUAUUCUAUAGCGAAUAUUAAAUUGGCAUAUUAUUCAUAAUAUCAUGCGUGCUAUCGUUUAUUACAAUUCACCUAAUAUACCUAAUAAUGAUAAUUAUACAAUUUUUAAUGAUUCACUCACUGCGCAUUAAAUGUAUAUAUUUUACGACCAAUCGAUAUUUUUGUAUAUCAGUUUUUAAUGUGUUGUAAUAAACCUAUAUAAAAUAAUUAUUUAUAACGUUUUUUUCAAAUAUAAUAUCGAAUCGAACGAAAUGAAAAAAAAUAAUAACAAUAAUAAAAACCAACAAGGUGAUGGCACCGAGUCGGACUAAUUAAUUAAUUACGAUAAACUCGUCGGUUUAAUUUAUUACGUAACACGUAUAGGAAAUUAUAACAAUGCGAGGUAAUCAUUUCGUAUUGCAUUCCAGUUCUGUUCGUUUCAGAAAUAUUAUUGUUAUGUUUCGAUGAUUUAUUGUGUAUACGUAUGACCGAAAAAAUAAUAAAUAAAUACUAAUAAAAAAAAUAACAGUUCCGCGUUAAAAUUCUGUAGACUUUUUGAAAUAUUAUAUUUAUAUCCUAUUUGUUUAUGUUAUUUCUUAAGUAAUAGCAGCUUAUAAAAUAUAGGAGAGGUACACGUCGUGUUUGUUGUAUCGGACGUCAUUGCGUGUAAAGGUCAUAAAAAUAUGACUCACGUUCGAACAUUUUAGAAAAAAAAAAGGCGAUAUCGUUACAGGCCUAUAACGUUCUAUACCUAUAGUACUAUAGGUACUCGUUAAAAUAUAUAAAAAAAAAAAUUGCACUACAUGCGUAUUAUAUUAUUAUAGAACGAGCGACGACGGCGAAUCAAUGAAAGUUAAAUACGAAAAAUGUAAAAAGAACAAAAAUAAUAAUCGAUUGCAUAUUAUUAUUAUUUGUAUUUUCACUCUCUUGUUAUUAUUUAUCAUUGUGCGCCUACGUACAUCGGUCUAUCGUACACAGUACACCGGUUAUUGUUAUAUUUUGUACUCUCGAUAUUAUUUAUGUACAUAAUACAAGUAAUAUAAAUUGGGUGUAGUAUAAAUAAUUAAUAAUUUAUCGUUAUCGCUGAAAAUUGUGUAUUUCGAUAUUUUCGUUCAGACGGUAGAUCCGAGUUCGAUAUACGAUAAAAUAUUUUUUAAUAUAAAUAAUAAUGCGCGAUCGUUGUAUGUCCCUACGAUCAAAAUAAUAUUAUGUACAUUUUUUAUCCGUAUAAUGUACGAGGGUUUUUUUUAUACAUAUACAUUUUUUUUUUUUUUAUUCACGACUCCAAUCGAUUGGCAAAUACACACACAUAUUGGUGAUCGACGGUCGCGAUAGCGGCGUUUCGUAAUCGUGCGGUUACAAACAAAACACUUGUGUUCACGAGAAAUAUAUUAUAAGAUGUUUGAUAAUGUAAUAAUAAUAAUAAUAAUAAUAAUUUUAUUAAUUAUUAUGUUUAGGCUAGGCUCGUAUAUUAUAUACAGGGUGGGUCACCGUACCGGUUUUUCCGUAUCAUUGUAUAUGAGCUUUCUUUUCCCUCAAGAAAUAAUUUUUCGGGUAGUAAAAAUGCUCAGAUCUUUUUUCGUUGUUUACCUUAAUUACGCCAUUUUCUCAGUAUUCCCAAUACAAUUUUGCUCUUCGUUUUUCUGAAAACGCUCUUUUGCAUUUAUGCAAAUGCUCCGAUUUUUUCACGCGCAUCGAAAGAUGCGACAUUUCUAUCCGGCGGGACUUUAUUCGAAACAAUUUAUUCGACAUUUUCAGCAAUUCGUCCCUUAUGUCCUUAUGUCCCUCCCACGUUUUAUCGAUUUCUGGGAUUUCUUGUCAACAAAGUACACAACAACGUUCAAAAUCGUUUUGCGUACUGUCGUUCUGUUUCUAUCUUACUGUCGCCUCGUACUUUCACAGAAAUUUCUGUCUAUUUAUACAUAAUACAAUAAUAUACUAACAGAGCCGUUCGCAAAAAUGGCGGCAACACUUGACGGUGACCCACCCUGUAUACACCCAUAAUAAUCUAUUAAGUACUCGUGUAUAAAAUAUUUAUCAUAAUAUUGUAUAGACAUGGGCGUUUUUCAAGUAUUGUGUACAACAACCACCAAAACCAUAAUCCCAAACUAUGCCGGACGGGAGGCCAUGUGCCGCGUCGUGGUGGCGGCGGUGGCGACGCGUACAAAAAUCACGUUUACGCGUUAUUUUAUUUAUUAUUAUUUUUUUUUUAUAUAUAUUUCUUUUUCUGUUGCACGCUCGACAGCGAAAAUAAUACGAUUUUUACGAUGACGGUGCGUUAAAAAUGCGUACGCGCACGCACUAAAAUACUGCAUGUUACACACAUACUUCACGGUUCGUAUCAUUCAAAACGACCGCGCUGUGUGUAAUAUUAUUGUGUUCGUCGACUGAUCGUCGUCGGCAAAUUGAAUAACCAAUAUUGAAAAAAUAAGAAUUUUUUUUUUUCGCCGUUCUUUUCAAUUUCAUAAUUUAUCAUUAUAUAUAGUCGUCGUCGUCGUCGUCGUCGUGCGGUUCAAUAUUGUGCGUUAUCAAUUGUAUGUAACAUUAAUAACGCCCGUCUGUUGUGAUGGUUGCACAUGUAUUACAGUAUUAUCAUCAUUAUUCUCGCUACAUAAAUUACACUGUAUAAUAAUUAUGGCUGUACCGAUCGAUUAUUAUUAAUUAACACUACAAUAGUAGACGACGGGUACGUCGGUGGCUGCUGCAGCAGACACUCCUCGAAAUGUUUCUGUUGUUUGAUACAUCGUCUUAAAUAACUCGUUUGAUAAUAUUAUGUUGUGUCUAUACUUCGUUGGAAUAUCGUGUCUGAUGAUGUGUACAAUAAUAAUAUACCGUCAUCCGAAGCCAAAACGCAGUUUGUGACAAAACGCGAAAAAUUAAUUUUUUUUUUUUAUCCUCGUAACGAAAAUACCGCGAAUACAAUAGAUUUCACGAUACACGCGGUUAACCAUAUAAACACAUAUAUAGGUAUUUUUAAAAUACAUACGAAUAAUACUAAACACAAAAACAGCACCUACCAAAUACACACUAAGCAAAAUUCCACAAUAACCGAUCACAUUAUACGGUAAUGUCGCUUGAUGUUAUUGGAUAAUUCUGCUGAAAAAAACGAUGGACAUACUUCGCACGUGGGUGCAGUCACUAUUGUAGGUGGGAAGUUGAGAAAGUAGGAUACAGACGGGAAUUUGACGUAUAUCUGUAGGCAACGAUAAACCAUUGCUAACGAAAAAAUGAUUCUGAGCGGAGUUCAGUUGAUAGUGUUGUUUUGUCAAUAAUAUAUAUGCCAUAUAUGGUAAAAUGAUUACAACAAUGUGCGUUUCCAUGACAACAAUGAUUGUUUAAAAUAUAAUAAAAUUAUAAAAACUUAAUAAUAACAAAAAAUAAAUAAAAACGGUAAAUUCAGAAUCUAAAAUUUAUCUUAUAAUAUGCGAUAAAAAUAACAAGGAGAUUCAAAAAAAGUUAUUUAAAAUCAUACGAUGUCGUUUAAGUACUUAUUGCCUUUUAGGACAGUAUAUUAUUAUAUAUGUAUAUAUUUUUCUACUAUUUUUGGACAUUUCUAGUGACUCUAAGGACUAAAUGAGCUCGAGCUUGGGAAUUCGAGUUAAGCAGAUUCAUAGGUUUAUUGACAGAUAGUAUUGAUAAAAGUUGUUUUGGAUUUUUACAUAAAUUGCAGCAUUGCGCGCUGUUUUUGCGGGAGGGAAGUGAUUUUUGGCUUCGAAAACAUUUACAGAUCUCCCGAAUGAAUGACAUUAUACAUUUUAUGUAUAACGGCGUUAGCAUCAAGGAUGUGCCUCUAGGGGUUUCAACCCCUGCUCAAAUUUCACUUUUUUUUUAUAUAUAUAUAUAUAUAUAUGAAAAUAAUAUAACUAUAGUGUUUGUACUAAUGUUUUAUUGAUAUAGUAUUCGGUUUUUGAUUGUUUUGCAAAGAAUAUUUCUAUAACACAAAAUAAUGUAUGUAAAUAAAAGUUAUUUAGAUAAUAGGAAAUAUAUACUCCAUUAACGUAAUACGUUAUAGCUCAGCAUUACGCAGGCUGUUCACGGUUGUUUUUUUUUUGUUUCUAUUAUAUUGUGUAUUUUAAACACAUAUAUACACCUAUACAUGGUUGGCGAGUGGUGAAUAUAAUAUUUAUUAUAAUUUGCGAUGGGUAUUUUAAAAAAAAAAAAUAAAAAUAUUGUUUAUAAUAUUAUUAUGAUUUAUACAGCCGCGGGAAGGUUAUAUUAACAUUCUUCUGGACGUUUUCCAAUAUAAGGAAUGGCAAUAAUAAUAGUAAAAAAAUAAAAAUAUGUCGACAUUUCCAGAAAACAAAAUUAUGUACAAUAUGUACUGCAUAAUGCAGGAAAUUCUAAUAAUAUGGGUUACCUUGAAGACCGUAUAGUACGGGCACUAGAGGAAAAAACAAUAAAACAUAUUUAUUUAUUUAUUUAUUUUUUAUUAUAAAUACGAGUAAUAUAUGUACGGGGGAAAAAAAAACCGUCAAGAAUGUACGAAUGUUUAAAAAUAUAGUGACACUCAUCAUGUUUUAUACUGUUGCAGUACGUACUCAUCGUUGAAUCGAUGUAAUACGGUUCUUGACGAGUGCCGCGUGUAAUAUAAUAUGUUCGAAAAUAUAAUAAUAUUGUUAUUGUAAUAUCCGCCUAUAUGUAUACGGGUAUAUAAAUAAAUAAUAAUAAUAAUAUUGCUGUUGUUGUUAUUAGGUACCUAUUACGAGUGGUCGACCACUUAUUGAGCGCGGAUACUUUUUCAUUGAUACAUCGUUUCGACGAUAAAUUACGGGCCUAUAAAAGCGGCGUAUUGUUAUUAUACCGGACAAUUACUAUUAUUAUUAUUAUUAUAACUUUAUCGGACGGCUCGCGACAGUUGACGUAUCAAUCGUUAUUAUCGACGGCGGUGUGCCGAUAAAAUAUUGAAAAGCAUCGGCGGCGACGGCGAUUGGUGACGAGAUCCCAAUGAUGUAUAGGCACAAUAAAUGUCGUCCAUGGAUUUAUUACAAAAUACGUAAUAUAAUAAAAUAUUACGUCGUUAUCGCGCGUGGGUACGCGAAUGCGUGUGACGCACAAUAAUCGCGUAUUAUAUCGGGCGGCCGCCUCUUCGGAGGUUUUCGUAACGACCGCGGCGGGACGGGACCGCGAUGCCGCAGCGUUUGACAGUGUCGCUGUUCGUUACUGUCGGCGGCCAAUAAAUAAAAUAUAAAUAACGUCCGCGCGGGAUAGAUUUCCCAUUUGCUGUUUUUUCACACGCACACAUAUUUUUAUAUUUUUUUUUUUCUCAUCGCGCGAGAGAGACCUCGACGCGCGAGUUAUUAAUAAUAAUUAUUAUUAUAUUAUGAUUGAGCAACGCGACGACAUAUCGCUGGGUCGCCGCCGCCGCGGCAAUUAUAUUUUUUCGCCGUCCUCUCUACGUAGCGGCGGUAUGUGUAAUAAAUCGUAAAUAACAACUAUAUGACAUACCGAUAUCGAGGGCGCGUCCGUAAUAUCGUGGUGUGUUACACUAGACGAUGUAAUAAAACAAAAAAAAGAAGAAGAAAAAAAAAAAUUGUAUUUUAUUAUUUCCUCGACAAGAGACUCGGCGUACAUAAAGCUCGGCGUGUUCGGCGUUUGUCAUCGGGCGGCGCACUCGAAAACGUCACUCGCUCGUUCCGUCUCGUUAUCGUCGUCGUCUUGUUAUUUAUUCGUCGCUCUAUGACGGUCCGACCGGCCUCGUAAUAAGCCGACCGAUUAUUAUAUUUUACCCGUAGGCAAUAAAAAAGCGACGGAUACAUUGACGCCUACAAGGGGGGGGAACAGGCGGGAGGGACAACUUCUCCCUUAGCUUUCCAGCAAGCCAAAAUAUUUAUAUCCGAAUUCAAUGUCCCAAAAUCCAAAACUUCAUUAUUGGUACCUACCGAUAAGGUGAUGUAUUGAUAUUUGUCAAUACUUUAUCAAUACACCUUGACUGGCACCGACCUAGUCGACAGAAAUACUCUUCGUGACGAUAGAAUUCCGUUAAUUUACUGUCACGAUAUCCUCCGAUUCAUGCCCUAUGAUUCGAAGUUCGUACCAACCACUAUACAGCCGAUCGUUUGUGGAUAGCUGUUUUGCGGUAUUAUCUAAAGUGUGUGAUCCGGAUUAUGUACGUCAAGUAUAUAUAGGAAAAAGUUCGAAGGACUCGAGUAGAAAAAAUUGUUGAUAAAUUUGGGAAAAAUAAAAUAAAAUUGUUCAAUAAGUGUAAAAUUUAAUGUUAUAUUAUAAUAUCUUUGAACAGUUUUGAAAUUACACAUAAUACAUUAAUAAAAGUAUUUAAUUAUUUAUAAAAAUUAAAGCUGCUCCCUUCUUAAUUUUCACCUCCGGGCGCUCUUUAAUGGAUAGGACAAAAAACAGGAUCCAAAAAAACAACAUCAAUAAAUCGAGAAUACGUUUCAAGAAUAAAUUACUAUAAUCGCUCGUAGUGUUCGUAUUAAAAAGCCGAUGAGGGAGGGUUAUUAGGGGAGUGUAACCCCUAAUCUACUUCCCCUGUGCACGCCACUGGGUGAAAACGAAAAAUUAAAAGGACGCGACACCGCGACUUCUACUGUCUCCGUCUUACAAACGCGGGACAUAGCAAAUUUGCGUUUAGUAGUUUUAUACCACUAAACGUAUAUUAUAGACUUACUUUACAUAUACGUAUACUAUUAUACAUUUUGUGCCGUUAGUUUUAUAACAAACCUAAUCAAAAUUGAAAGCAAGGGAAUUUUAUUAUGUGUUCUUGCGUUGACGAUUUUUCGAUGUUUUUAUUUUUAAAUGAGAUAUGAGUGUGUUAACUAUCACAAUUUAAAAAUGAUUACAUCUCGCUAAAAAAAUAAAAUAUCGAAAAAAACAUCAACGCCAGGGAUUGUGUAAUCUCCUUUAGGGAAUUUGUUAUGUCUCGCUUUUGUAAAACGGAAACAAUAGAUGUCGGUGCGGCGUCCUCUUUCACGAUGAUGAUAAUAUAAUAAUAAAUCGUUACUGUUUAAAUUGGGAGCCCAUUUGUUUUCAAACGGUCAUAACAUUGCGAAAUUCCGUUCUUAUUCGAUUUAUUGUUUUGUUUAUUCAGAAAUAUAUACAAAUUUCCCGAGUUUAUUGCACCGAACUCGUAUUAUAUGGUUCGUAUUUGUACAGUACCAGCCGACCGUUAUGUUUCCAUAAGAUAUUUGUUUUUCAUUUCUCAAUUGCGUAACUCGCGAAAUGCAUUAUUGUUGCUGGCGGAUUUGUAAUUUAAUAUUCAGUUAUAUAAAUAUCAAAUUUCUCUGUAGUUUUAUUGUUUCUAUAGUUCAGACGGUAGGAAAAAAAAAAAAUUCAUACACCUAAUCCGAAAAACGCUUUGAUUCUCUCUGCAUACCAACGUGUAGUGUGCUAUAGGAACACAUUGUCCGUCAAUAAAUCAUGUUAAUCACUGUUAUUUUUUAUAAAAUGCGCUUAAAUUAUUAAACCGCGGCCUUUGUCCCAAUAAUUUUAACCAUAUAUUAUGUAUAUACAGCAACGGAUUUAAGUAAUGCGUUUUAGAUAUUUUAAAGUCUGCGUGUAAAUAUUGUGGAAUUUAAUUUUUAUUUGAUAUAUACAUCGGCAGACAGUUGAAGUAAAUAAAUGAAAAAAAAAAAUAUAAUCAUAAAAUACGACUCGCGUAUUUUUUUUCUUCGUUAUUAUCAUAUUUCUAUACAGAUUUUGACUGUAAAAAAGCAAAUACAACAGGUAUGUCAAAAUCGUUCAUAUUUGACAGGGAUAGUAAACAUUUGUGUAACAUAUUUCGGAGCGUACUUGAAUAUUUUAUGACGUGUGAUCACUACAAAUACUGUAGUCACUAUAGGGAAUUGUCAUAUAGAAAAUUGUUUUAGGUUUUAUUUUUUUUUACAAGUAAACAAAAUUAUAUUUUUAGAAGAACAACUUGUAAAAUAUUAUCAAUCGUUCAUUAUUGUGCUGAAUGAAUUGCUGUCGGUCUAAAAAUUGUCUAUACACUUCAUUUAUAAUAUUAUGAUUUUGACAACGUUGGUGAAUAUUUUUUUUUAUUUCCGAACAAAAUUAAUAGAAUUCAUUUAGAAAGUGUAUAUAUAUAUAUAUAUAUAUAUAUAUAUAAUUGAAUAUAUCCGAAUGCUGUAACUCACUUUUAUUAUUUGAAUACAUUUGUCUAUUAAGUAAUUUUAUAUGAUGUAUAAUUGUCUACAAUAUAAUUGUUAUUGUAGUAUAUUUUAUAAGAAAACAGAUCGUUCACCGCUAUCGGUUCAAUCACGAAGAGAGAAAACUGUAAUAUUUUAUCAGUUUUAAAGUUCGAAUUUCUCGAAAUAUGAAUGUAUCAAAUAACGAUCGAUAAACAUAUUUGAAACAAUGGAACUUUUUUAUAAUGGGAUAUUACGUGCGUAAAUAACUAUUAUAACAAUCCAAUUUAUUAUAUCUGUACUAAAGUCGGUUUGUUUUGUUCCGUCGUGUGGAAAACUAACGUGUAAUAAUAAUAAUCUAUAUAAUACGGUUCUAUGCUUUAUGGAAUCAUUAAAUUUGCUUGAUUUUUUUUUUUUUAUAUAUAUAACCAACGGGAAAACAAUAUUGGUCCCGCAUCUUUUCAUCUCACGUAUAAUCCACUAGCUGUCACGCACAGCUUUGCCCGUGUCAGUAGUGAACGAAAAAAAAAAAGUGUUUCCUCGUGAUUUUCCGUUUUGCUCUCAACCUCUACACACUUAAUCGUUGUUGGAAGGUAAUUUUUUUUUAAAAGGGUACUUCUUUGCUCGUGACAACCAAAAUAACUGAUAGUAAUUGAUUUUUUUUGUUUUCAACAAAAAUAAUUAGAUUUCCGUUCACAGAAUACCAAUAACCUUGUGUCAGCCCCCAUUUAGAGGUUGAAUCCGGAAGGGAAAAAAUAACCUGUAUGCUAUUCCUGGUUCAGAACUAAAUGGUGCAAAGUUUAAACUCAAUCCUUCCAGUGAUUUCGGCGUAUAUUGUGUAGGGUUACAAACAACCGUUUAAAGAUACUUCCGCCGUAUUUAUUUAAUAUUAUAAUGAAAAUAUUCCAAACCGAUUUAUAAAUUGUACCGCAAGGGAAGGGGGCUGAUUUGGCGAUCGUCCUUCUUGGGAUUUUUUUUUACAAAUCGUUACUCGGAUUAUACGGGCAUAUACGUAAACUGCGUCUAAACGACUUUUUUUUUUUUUCUGUAACUGUGCCCAAAUUUUUAUCCAUGCUAAAAAGGCGUAAAACUGCGCCCCGUUUGUUAUUAUCGUAUUUUAUGAAAUUUAAGUUAAUUUUCUGUACAAACUCAUUCGACACUCACACAAAUAUUUAAGUAUUCGGCACAUGACUACAAAUGAGACAUUCGGUAAAAUCAAAUAGUGUGAAAAUACCGAUCCGUUUAUCCGACUAUUGAUAGUAAUCAGUAAUCACUAUACCAGUCAUCGGCAUCGUUCUGCUAGUACCCGUGUCCUAUUAGUUUAACAAUCAGCCGAGUCGACGAGGACAAUGUAUUGGUGUCGCAGCGCGCGAAAAGUGCUUGAAAAUAAUUUCAAAUUUUAAGUUUCACCAAAUUAAUCGGCCUCUAAGUUCGGACGAAGUUAAAUAGUGUCGGUGUGUUCAAUGAAAACUUGCUAAGCGUCUUCAAAAACUACCGUAUGCGAUGACAACAGAUAAUAACAGAACAAAAUGUAAACCACGCCCGGAAAUCGUUGAAAGCGAUCAAAACCUUCAAAAACAACGUUUUGCGUAUUUCAUUUUGCAAAAGUACAGAGCUAUUAACUGUUAUAAUUCUAUUCGGGCGUUGUUUUACUCAUGCGAUUUUGUGUUUUGGACGCAGUUUACAAUCGCCGAACACUAUACCGCGGACGUCCGACUCGUCGACCGAGGGGGAAAGUUAUAGGGGGGGUGGGGGGCGGUCCAGUGGUGUACGUUAGAACGUUAAUGACACGAUUACAACGGUACGGUAGAUAAUUUUACGAAUAAAAUUUUAGACCCGCAUCCCCUUGUUUUCGGCAUAACUUUAUUGCGACACCGAUUCGCGCACCCCGUUCCCGUUUUAGACGGUCUUCGGGGUCCGCCAUUGGUUCACCGCGGAUUUCGCCGUUGUAACACACGCACGCGGGAAUACAGUUCGACGUAACUGCUUUGACGGUGUCAAAACGUUCGCGCAGUCGUUCCCCGUUGCGGAAUCGCAGUGGCGACCGCGAUGCGACGACCGUCCGCGCGUCUUUUUUCUAUCGCCGUCGGCCGUCGUCGUGUCGGCGGGCACACUCAUUCGGAUUUAGACACAAUUAUAACGCACGAUAUUACACAUGUUAUCGCGGCCGUUUGCGUUGUGCACCGCGCGCGCUCUCAAAGACCCCGGAGUGUCUUGUUAUUAUACCGCCGGCGUUGUCGAACGUGUGCCGUACGCGCGCGCGCAUAUGUAAAUAUAGCCCUUGCAGAUGCUUAUCAUAAUAUUUGAUAUUUCAAAUCAUUUUUCUCUGUCUUUCACACGAGCGCACGCGUUCCGGACGCCCGCCGGACAAAUAAAAAAUAUUAAAUAAAUAAAUCUCUUUGGCGGAUUCGGCUAGCCCCGCGCCGCCGCGUCGGCGCGACAACGUUCCGUGGCGUAUGACCGCUCGCGGUUAUUAUUGGUUAUUGGUUACUCACCGUGUACACUGUUAUAUUAUUACACGCGCGCGCGCCGCCGUGCACGUUAUUAUUAUUGGGCACACAUUACGCGUACACACAAACAUAUCGUGCGGUGUAUGUGUACGUCGUGCAUACGCGUACAUUAUCGUUAUUACUAUUACGUCUCUCUACCGUCUAUGCGGUCCGUGCGGACGGCGGGACACGCGCGCGUCCAAGCACGCGCACCAGAGGUCGAGAGAUCUUUUUCUUGCGCGCCGCCGGAGCAAGCGACGCGCGAUGAUGAUGUCACCUCCACCGGCGGACGUUGUCGCCUUGACACCCGCACUCCGCCGACGGAGGACAAAAAAAAAAAAAUAAAAAUAUUAUACUUAAAUAGCGCGCGUCGUCUCCGCCCCCUCCGAUUCUCUUCUUUUUUUCUCUCUCUUAUCCCGUCGUACAUUGCCGCGCGCGCCAACGAUCGUGCUCUCUAUGUAAUACGCGCUGCAGCAUCGUCGUCAUCGUCAUCGUCAUCAUCGUCAUCAUCAUCACCGGUCGGUGUGAUGUGUGUGUGUGUGUGUGUGUGCGUGCGCGCAGUACGCCGUUUAGUCAUCUGCAGCCUAGCCGCCGACCAACGGACCCCCCUUCCGCCCCCCCCGUCCCUUCCGGAAUUCCACAGUCGUUUCGUCAUCGCCACCAGCAUAACGUUAUAAUAUUAUAAUACUGCAGCCGUUGAUUCCCCCCGCGACCCCCCCCCGACCGUCUCCUCGCCGUCGUCCUCGUUACGUAUAUAUAUAUAAAUUAUAUUUUGUUUCAUAAACUUCGUCUUCCACAUGUUCGGCCGUCGCCGUCGUAUAUUUCGUAGUAUAAUAUUAUACAUAUAAAUUUACUCUGCAACGUCUAUACACAUAAUAUAAUACAACAUGAUGUGUGUACGCGUACGUAUACAACGGCGCUGGUAAUUAACAGAAUGCUCUUAUUAUACGCAUUACCCGCCGACGCCGCCGCCGCCGCCGUCCCUCGCAGCUUGACGUGUGGUCCGUUCACAUCUGUAGAACCAUCACUCUAUUAUAAUACGUUUAUUAUAUUAUCGCCGUUCGCGUUGCGCGUUCGAUAUUUCCCCGACAUCGCCCUCGUCAUCGACACACAUCGUACCCGAGCGUCUCGUCGUUCGCGCCCGCCGCCCGUGUCCUCCCCCAAGUCCCCGUCGUCCCGGUGCCCGUCCGCCCCGACCGUUGGCCGCGCGGACGGUUAGGUCUUUUUCUUUUUUCCUUCCUUUUUUUUUCUCUCUCUCUCUCUCUCUCUCUCAUUCGUAUUUCUCCGGCGGCGGCCCUCGCGCCCGCCGUCCUCUCGCCGUUACUCGCCGAUAUUGUUGUUGUGCACGCGCAACGCAGAAUGUGCUCGCCGUUAUAAUACUAUCGUUUUAUCGUGUUUUCCCGAUAGCCCAUAAAUACGUUCUACGGUUAUAUUCUCUUUCCGCGCCGCUGCAAACUGUUGCAACAGCUAUUUCCUGCGAUAUCGUACGCUCGCAUGGCACAGCGGCCCGUUCCCAAAAUAAACUCCGAACGCGCCAUCGCGGAGAAUAUUUAUUACUGUCGAUUCCGCAACAGCUAAAAAACUAUUACGCCGAUAUAAAACGCGCACAUAAAAGAACGCCGAGCCGCGUUAUGCCCGCGUAAUACAGACGCAUAAAAAUAUUUAUUUUAUUUAGGUAGCCCUCUCGACAAACGCCGCUCGUUCGCUCGUAAAAGCCGGGAGCCGCGGUGCGGUUUUCGAUCGCGGCGACUAUGUUUAUCACGUAUCCGAUGCGUGAAAUAUCCUCGAAACGGCGUUGCAAACACACACGACUGCGCCGUUCUACACCCCCCUCCCCCCGCCGCCACCAACUAACGCCGCCGCGCCGCGAUCGUUUUAUCCGGUUCAGUGGCCCAGCGUCAAUAUUAUUCAAAUCUUAUUGCAUUGUUGUCUGCGUGAUCGAUCCGCGUGAUACGCGGGGGGGGGGGCGGAGACUCCACGACCGCCGGGGCCAGUGGCGUUAAUAUCCCGGCUCUUUGCCAGAGAAUUAUUAUUGUUAUUAUUAUUUUUUUCUGUUUUCAAUAUUAUUGUUUUCGUUACUCCGAAUGACAAUCGCGCGUUCGAAUAGAGCAAAUACGCGCUGCGCCGAAAGUUAUUGCGAAACCGUCCGCACGCAUUUGGCGAAUCCGUAAUAAUACGGUAGGCAUGUGCGCGCGUAUAAUAACCGCAAUGCGGCGCACUGCUACUGCGGACGUACGAUCCGAAAUUGAAAAAAAAAAAAAAACCGGCGAAAAAAAAUUCUCCUUGAAUUCCGGAUGUCGCGAAAACGACUCGGGGAAAAAAAAAAAACACUACCACCACCACCAUCACCACUACCACGUGUGUUUCGGUCUGUAAUAUAACGACGGCGCGGCGGCCGUAAAGAGGAGAAAGCCAGUUGCGAUAUUAUUAUGCGCGCACCGACGUCGUCGGCGUGUUCCUCCCCCCCCCCCCCCCCCCCCCCCCCNCCCUCCCCCCGCGGUAGUCUCCCGCUCGUCAUUCGUACGAUACAUUAUUGCGUGGCGCGGUAAAGAGAAGAAGAAGGAAAAAAAAAAAACAAAACCCGAGUAGCGUAUCGCGUCGACUUUGCGGGGGCGGCGGGGCGGAACAAACAGACGGCGGCGACGUGAUCGUCGCGGAAUUUGGGUUUUUUUUUUUUUUUUAUUAUUAUUUUCUUCUUACCCCGCGUCGUCUGCCGCGCCCGGCAGAGAGGUUAUUGAACCCUUUGGCGCAGGGCGACGGCGGCGGGCCGUCGUCGUCUGUUGUGCACGCGGCAUUUGUCGUCGUUGACAUUUCGCGUCGGUGCCCGUCAUUCGUCCGCCUGCCGUGUCGGCCGGCAUCAGUAAUAUUACACAAGUUCGCGUGCGAACAUUUCGAGCUCGUGCCCGUCGCGGUCGCGUGCAUAAGACGCGGGCCGUCGCGGCGGAAAGGUCACUGGGUCACCGGCCCGGACAUCGCGCGACGGGCCACGCCUCCGGUACGUACGCGUACGCUUGUGAUACGCGGCACGAGCCUGCAUAGGAGGCGUAAGCUCUGUGCGUUUAACUGCGGCCCGCGACGUUCAAUUAUACUUGACGCGCGCAGGUUACGGGCGCUACAGCGCGACGCGCACACGCCCGUCCGCAGUCCUGAAGGCGGCCCUCGGGCGCCCCGCGGACGCCGAUUUCGCGUAAUUACUCGGGGAAAUUCAAACGAACGAAGGCUAGUCGGCGGCCGGCCGAGGAGCUACAACAAUCGCGUUUAAAAACGGCGUAUGCGUCGUACGCGUAUCGUGCGGGCGGUGUGCGCACUGGUUCAAAAUUGAAAAAUAAGUGGCCAAAAGUCAAUUACGGUUUUCCUGGGGGCAAAUGUGGGCGGCAUUUACCAACCGUCUAUACACACCUUAUAGAUAUUUCCAGUGUAUAUCAUAUUGGCGCGGUGGAGGUCGGUGAAAGAACCGGUUAAAAACCGUGCGUUAUCAAAACAUGUAUAACUGAAGCUCUAACGGGUGUUAAUUUGUUAUCGCUACAAUUAUGGAUAGUGCAGAUAUAAUGUUUCUACAACAAUGAUGAUAAAUACUCUAAUGGUAUCUAUACUGAUAAAUAAAUAAAAAAAAAAAAAACGUUAAUAUUGAGGCACCUAGAACGCAAGGGGUAUAAGCGACGUUUUUAAAAAAUCUGCGAGUUGAGAGCACAGCUGAACUAAAUACAUUCCAUUUUAUUGUGCGGUCUAACAAAAAAAUACUAGAUCUCACUAAAAUAGUCUUCAAAUGAAAAUGCCGUGACAUAUUAGAAGCAAAUGGGUACACGGAUUCACAACAGCUAUAAACACACUCAUGUGUAUCUUAACUGCCAAGUGUUCAAAACUUUUUUUCAUCAUCGAACACAAGAACAGUGAUAGUACGACAACGUACUAUAAUAAUUGCAUUAAAUACAAAUAACUUUAAACUCGAUUUUCUCGAAAUCAAAAAAAUGUCGCUUAUACCCCUUGUGUUCCAGGCGCCUCAAUUGUAUUCCACAGCGUAAAAAAACCUAGAGUGUUACCGAAGUUACAGACAUUUUAUUGGUAAAAAAAAAAUGUUUUUUGUUUUCUUCAAACGUAGUUUCAAAAGUAAAGAGUCACAUUUUUCGAUCAAGUCGGGCGUUUUCGAAUAACCAAACGGGCGCGGAAAGCGUUCUCGCACAAUAGUUUGCGGUUUUUCGAAAAUUUCCGAAAAUCGCGUUUGGCCAUCUUUUCUUUUCUUUUUUUCUCUCUCUCUCAAUUUUGAACCGCCGUGCGGUAACUGCAAUGCCAUGUUCCACGUACACGCGUACGCACGGGUCGCGGCGUCAUUGCGGCACCUGUACAAUCGAGCGAAAUCGCCGGCGACUACGCCCUCGCGAACCGACGGACGGCGCGGGCUUUUCGUGUGGUGGCCGUCGCCGCCGCGAGUUAAUUAAAUUACGCCGGCGGCGGCGGCCAAAAGGGGUCUGGACGUGUACAGCGCGCGCUACGAAAUAUGGCCGGCGGACUACGCCCUAGGCGAUGGCGAUGGCAUCGUUAAAAUCGGGGUCGGCCGCGAUCAUGUUCGAAUUAUUGGUCGGCGGACAAACAAUACGCCGAGCACAAUACGCGUGUCAUACAUAUGCCGCGGCGGCGGCGUUUUUUCCCUCUAAACAUUAUAAUAACACAUUAUUGUACGCGCGGCGAUUGCGAUCGCCUGUUAUAAUCGAUUGUGUUAUACGGGACCCCCCCCCCUCUCUAUCUCCAUCCCACCGCGAAGGCGGGUCGCCGGACGAGGAAUUCCGAGGAAUCCGAUAACGUAUUUCACGCGCGUAGAAAACACCGUGUACGGACGGCGUAGCGGUGCGCGCCGCACGGGCCCCCCCCCCGCCCCCGUCGCAUUGUCGCCGUACGCCCGUAAUGAUGACGACCGUCGCCGGUCGUCGUUGUCGGAAAACCGAGAGCCGGGCGAAAAAAAAAAAAAAAAUAAUAAGUCUCGUACCCCGCCGGCGGGGGUGUACGCUGCUGAAACGCGUAGACAAUAGUAAUAGAUUACGCGAUACCGUGUACACGUACUCGUGACCUGCCCCAACCUCCGCGGCGCUCGGGUGGACCGUGGACCCGUAUCAUAUUUCGGUAGGAUUUUUUAUUCGUCCGCGAACGAGACCCACGCACGCGUGUAUGCCGGGUCGCGUAUUAACGUCUCCGUGUUUGUUAUUAUUCGGAACGGGCCGCUUCACGCGCGAACGGAAUCAUCCCCCGGCUGUAAUAUUACACGGCGUUCCUUUUCUUUUCGUCGAAUUCGAACGGGUAUGCACAAUAUGGCGGCGCCCCGCGGGAUAACAUCUCGCCCGGGGCAAGACGGUAAAACGUUUUAUUCCAGAAACAUUUUUUGCCGCCGUCCGGUAAAAUGGCGUGCCGUUGUGUGUGACGAAAGCACGUACAAGUUUAAAAUCCCAGGCGGGCGACAACGGCCCCUUUUUCUCCUCCCCCUCCCGCCGACUCUCCGCGGGCGCCCUCGGGCGUGCACGUUAUCGGCACGUUGGCACGUGCAACCCGACGCGCGAUGACGGUCCGGUUCGAAAUGUCCGACGAUCGUCACGUUUUUCCGGCGUCUUUUUCCCCAGCCGCGGGCCGGCUCGAGCGCCAGCUUUGAACGCACCCGAGCAAACUUAAGUUUCGUCGCCCUUUAUACACGUGUAAAUAUUACGUUAACGAUUUUAAACGCCGCCCCGGGCGCCGGCAUGUGUCGCCUACCCCUUGAGACGGGCGCCCGCGUCUAAACCGGUUGUGUUUUCCAUCGACCCGGGAAUUUGGGCGAUACUUGGCUUUCUUUCAAGCAUAUAAUAAUUGUAUCGUGUUUAUACCAAGAGUGAACAAAACACUUGACAAAAUACCACGUUUAAAUUAUCGUUAUCGUCGAAAUCUGCACGUUAUCGACAUUAUAAAUUAGUAAUGUUAUUAACAAGAGCCGACCGGAGAAUUUCUUUCGCGUCCCUCUCAAGUAGGUGACGUAAAAUAUACGCUUCCUAGUUUACAUCAAGCCGACAAUAUCAGCAACUUUCUGUUUUUUCAAUGAGUUUUUUUUUUUUUUUUUUAUCUAUUUUCAGUUUUUAAAUAACUAUUUUUCGUUUUGUAAUUAUUUUAUUUCAAUAAAACGUGUUGUAUCUAUACGUAUUUGAAACGUCUUAUUGUAUUUCGAAUUGUAUCAUAUUUUAUUUCAUUGGUGUUUAUUUUUUUUUUAUUUGUGAACAAUUUUUCUACCAAAAAUCUUGCUUCUUGUGUAGCACCUUUUCAAAGAAGGAAAUUUUAUUUGGGUGGUACUCUAAGAAGGUAAUUUUUUUUUUAUUUUUUACAAAUGGUUUUCACAAUAAUUGGGAGAAACGGGAAAAUGUACGUACAUGUAUAAAAGAAACGAAUCUUUUUUUCGUUUGCAAUGGUUUAUCGUUGCGUACAGAUAUAAAUAAAAAUCCCCAUAACAACUUCUCACCCAUACUACAACAGUGGCUCACCCGUCGUGCCGCCGUCCGUCUUUUUUGUAAAUUUGUUUACUGUCGGUCAUAUUAUUUGCUAAAAAAUGUAAUAAAUUAAACGAAUAAUACAAAAUUAGCAAUCAAAUUAUGAGUUUUUAAAAAUAAUUAUUUGUGAUAGGUAUGCUUUUUUAAAAAUUUUACUGUCUUUCUAAUGUUUUAUCAAUCUUCAACGUCCGAACUUUAGUAAUCACUCUAAACUAACGCAUUCAUUUAACCAACCCGUUUUCGGAUUGAAAUACAUUAUUCGGAUUCAAUCCGUUAAUCAGAAUUUGAUGAGUGAAACCAGACAUUCAAACAAGAUUAAAUAAACACAAUUAUAAAUAAAUACACAUAUAUUGUGUUUAUUUUUUGAUUUUUUUUUACAGAUAGAGUUAUUUUGUUUAGGUAGUAGGUAUUUUUUUUUUUUUGUCGGAACACUAGCGAGUUAACCUAACUUUACUGUUAGUGGAUAUAAAUUGUAACCGUAUAACAAAACGAAUCCAUAAUCCACGUUAAAUGUAGUUCGGGGGUUUGGGUCAAACAGGGUCAAUCUCUUUUUUAUAUCGCAAUAGUAAUUUUUUUAAUAACAUCGGUCUUUUCAAUUCUCACAAUAACGAUUAUUGGGAUACGCCCUUUUACUACUAGAAAAAUCAUACUCGGUUUUAUACGAUUGGCCAUGUAACUCAUUUUCACCGAAAAGUGAUAUUGGCCCUUUUUGACCAAAGCUCCGGGGUUAUUAUUACCUCUAUAUUUAAGGAUCUAUACGUUUUUUUCUUAUUGAAUUUACCAAUUAUGUUUAGAAUAUUAUUCCUCGUAGAGUUAUCCGUUUUGAAUUAGUUUCCCGAAAAGAUUAUCGCAAUUCGAGAGGAUUUCUAUGUAUGAUCGUCGUCGUAAAUAAUAAUAAUCCGCGAAAUAGCGAUUUGAUGGCCCGCAACGACAAACACUAUCCCCGCGUAGUAAUAACACUCCGAUUAAAAACCGUUUUGUUUUUAAAUCGCUCGUCUACUCGCGCCCCGUAUUUAAAAUAUGUUUGACCGCCCCGCCCCAAAUAUUAUAACGCUAUUAACGGGUCAAUUCGACGACCCCCGUCAUUAUACCGGCCGCGUUUACGGAUGACUAAUAACGAUAAUCCGUCGACACCUCGUUGGGCCCGUCACAGGAAACGCAAUUACGCCGAUUACGGUCGUUACACGUCUCGUAUCCAUGUGCGCCUAUUAUGCGUGUACUUAUUACGGUCCCGUUUGAUAUUCAGACGUCGUUGACGCGAACGGUCGCCGUCGCCGACAAACGCGGCGCUGAACCUCGCGACAACACGUCAUAUUAUUUAUACGGUGCACUUACUUGCAUUGCGCUCGCGUACUAAUGAUAAUAACUAAUAAGGAUGGUAAUAAAUUUAUUAUCGAAUAAAAAAUAAUAAUGCCACGGCGAGCGCGUACAAUAGUGUGCACCGAACGCUGCGGUACGUGCAGUGCUCGAAUUGAGGGUGGCGCAUGGGAACGGAGUAUCUCAAUUAAUUUUUCAGAAAUUUAAGCGUACCUUUACUGUUCGUCCGAAGUGGAACGCAUGGGACGCAGUGGGAGUUACGAGUGGGGUGCCAUGGCGUUUACCAUAAUUGUUUAAUAUAUACAUUUUUUUUUUAAAUAAAAUCCGCCUCCUUUGAACAACCCGAGAAUCCGGCACUGUCUAUCGUCGUAAAAACAUGAUGUAUAUUUUGCAUUUUUAUCAACAUAUAUUUUCAUUAAAAUUUGAACUUAGAGCGAUUAUAAAACAAAUCGCUACAUUCAAUGUUGAACUUUUUCUGUAUAACUGAAAAAUUUGCAAGAAUGUUUUGAAAAUUUUACCAUGUCUGGAAAGUGCAGCUGUAUAUAAAGGACUAUACCCAUAAAAUUAUGCAAUGGAAUUUCUGACCUCUACGAUUAUUUAUCAUCGAAUAAAUUAAAUAGAAUAAAACAGAAUCAGCAAAUGUAACAGUUAAGGUUUCCCCUUCGUUUUUUCCAGGGGUUUCCUCAUAAUUAAGAACACUGUAAAUAAAAUCGAAAAAAACCUUCUUAUUGCACCAACGAGAUAGCGGUUUUUACUAGGAACCAUCGCCUUUAAAGUUGAUAAUUGGAGCAAGGUUUUUGGUAGAAAAGUUGUCCACGUACAGAAAAAGAAUUAACACGUCAUCACAUAGAAUCGUAGUGGUAACCAUCAUAUUACAAUCUAAAAUAAAUAAUAUCUUUUAUAGUAGGUACUAUGUAAGGAAAAUUUAGCCGGCAGUAGGUAUAGUGUUUGUUUUCGGAAAUCAUGAAUUGUCUGAAUUAUGUUUGGAAAUUAGUGUGGGAGGUGUGGAGGGCUAAGCCCCCCACGGGUCGGGUUAAGUUUAAUAACUGCAAUUCGAGCACCGGGUCAGUGGCGUCAUUUUAGUUUUCGAGAGGAGGGGGCAAAAGAUUUGACCGGCCCAUAAUAAAAACCGCUCGCUAAUUCAUCCGUCGCAAUUACAUUUUCGUCUCAAUAAAAAUAUCCUUUUUGGUAACAAGUUAUCAUUAAAUCAUUCUAUACUUAUUGUCAUAGGCGUGAAUAACCCAUUUUUUCGAAGGACAACAAUGAUUAAAUACCUAUUAAAUAUAUAUAGAGGGAUACUAAAAAUAUAUCGGCCACCAUAUGAAGAUUUAAUUUGAGGUGCAUUUUCCCCGGAUUUAUGUUCCAUUUGCGCCAAUAUGUGUACGGAGAAUACACGUAUUUACAAAAAAAUAUAAUCGUGUCACCGUGGACGCGUAAUCAUGGAAUAAAUUAAAUAAGAAUAGACACUCUCCGAAAACGUACACGGGCUCUUAUGAGUAGCGAGAACCCGGCAAUUUCCGCUAAAGUGCGAUCAAUGUUGACAAAAAGUGUAAUAAAAAAAAAAUAUCGUAUACAAUUAUCACGCUAUAUUAUCCAAUACAAAUGAAUCUUGAAAAAAAAUGUCGCCCAUAUAACUGUGGCCGUGUAUGCAACAUAAAUCAUGAAUUAUGUUUGCGGGCAGACGGCAUGAGUGGCGGGGAGGGGGGCGGGUGGGUAAAAUGCUUCCCCAAACGACACUGUCGGUACGUGGCGAGACGUUAUUCCGCGUCCGCCGCCGCGCUUCAUCGUAACGAUAACAAUAAUAACAAUAAUAAUAUCAUUAUCAUUAUCGUUAUUGUAUUACAUAUAUCAUUGUCGACGAAACAACAAUACGCGCCGCCGCAACUGCCGUCCCGUAUCUACGUCAUGACAACAAUCGUGUAUAGUACUAUUGCGUUAUUUCGUGGGCGAGAAAUAAAGACGCGAAAACAAUGAUCGUAAAUAAUUAUAAAUAACAAUAAUUGUAUUUCGGUGUUGUCUACAGUACCGCCGCCGCUCGCGAUCGAGUUUUCCCGCCGCCGCCGCCUACGCGUCUUUUUAGUAUUCCCGCCGUACAAUUAUUAUUAUUAUUAUUGUCGUCGGUCGUCGUAUAAGGAACCGCCCGGUCGGCGUAGUGGAGCGUCACGCGCACGUACGCGCGCAGAGUACACAAUGCCGCGCGGGUCUCCGUGCCGCACGAAUAAUGCGCCGGACGCGCGCGAAAUUCGUGCGGCGACGGGCGAUUCACGCGGCCGCGUCGCGCACGCGCCGGCGAACAUUUUCCGAUUUUUCGCCCGCGCCAUCCGUUCGCUGUCCGAAUGCGGCGAUACCGUGCACAAUCGCGUGUAUUUCAAGCGGGGAAAAACGCGAAAAUCGUAAUGAUAUAUGGUGCGGGGGUUUUUUUUUUUUUUAUCAAUUCCUUUUGUCGCGACCGACGGCGGCGGCGCGCGUGCAAGAAAUCCUUAAUGUGUUAUCGCCGCGGUUCCGGUCGAAUUCCCCCGCGGGCAGAUCCGGCGGACGUCCUGUGACGUGGUACUAGUCGAGAUGCUCUCGAUGCUUCACUUAUGCUGGGCUACUGGGAUUGUACGUGCCCCGGGGUCGAUGUUUUUUUUUCCCGAUAUUUUAUGCAAAAACAUAAUAUUUUUAACAAACGCGGUAUUACGCCCCCGUCUGACGGCAGUUUGUCGUUGCGUUUCACAACCUGUAGAAUCGCUGUUGGGAAAAAAAGUAUUUUUCGCGUAUACCAGUGCGCGUCAGGUGACUGUAGUGAGUAUAGUGGAUAUUUCGGUAAUAUUUUACCAUAUUUCCCGCUUUGUUGAAUUAUAUUACAGACAUAUUGUCGAUUUUUUAGUCGAGUUUGUUUCCAGUCACCGAUUCGGUAAUUGUUGUGUCUAAACUCGUCACUAAAUAUAUAUAUAUUUAUACCGAUAUACCCACGAAUCUACGAUCUGAGAAUUGUAUAGCAAUCAAUGAUUUUUUUUUUUAACAUUCUGAGAAUAUUAAGAAUACUUUUGGGAAUAUUUCAUCAAUUUUUAUUGCAUAUAAACAUUACAUUUCAAACGUUUUAACAGAAUAUAAAUCCGGACUCUAAUCAUAACACUAGGGCCCGGAAUCGUACGCCUUUGUAUAAUUGUAUUUAUUACAUUAAAAAGUAGCUAUACUAGACACAAAUUUGAAUCUUAGUAUAAUAAUAUGUCGGAAUGCGCAAUUUGAUUUCGUAUAUUUUCAUGUAAUCGGAAUAUAUUUUUGUUUAUUAUGCGUGUUUUAGCAUUUGUUUUUUUUUGUGAAUAUAAUGCAAACGAGUUUUUUGGGAAAAAAACAGCAUCAAAUUAAUGAUACUAGUCGAACUAAAAGGAUAUAUUCACAUUUCGAUUAUUUUUAAAUUUGCAUUUACCCGUACAUGGAUUCGUUGACCUACCGGCCAAAUGAUAACGAUUAUUGUUUUUAUCGACUGAGCUUGCUAUAAAACAAAGUUUGCCUGUGGAUACCGCAAAGAUAAUCCCCGAUACCGAAAAACUAAUAUUGGUUUAGUUUUUGUACUACCGUACUUCACUAUCGCGUGUUCGCGUUUCAUAUUAAAAUACCGGAAGUAAAAUCGUCUUGUUUUGUAAAAAACUUUCGGAAACUUUAUAGAAAAUAUUCGAGUACCUAAUAUAUUUAUUAUACGUGGUAGUCGGUAUAAUACUGAUUGUCGUUUUUUUUUUUUUUCACAGCCGAAUGCCGUUCUCUGCUGGACGAUCGCGACGCUGCAGAUCUGCAGGGAUCGCGUCAACAAUACGGACCGGAUUUUGUUCAUAACACAGGCCACGGUAUUGUCCAAAACGAUUAUCAUCAUUUUGAUAAGAGACACGCGGAAAUGACCGAUGACAUAAGCGGAGUCAUGGCUGACAGUGCGGCCGUCAAAGGCGAAAACCAAGGGGAAAAAAUCGGCGAAAGUAGUAUUCAGCCCACCAUAGUGACAGCAGGCUUACUCGUGGAGGCGGCCGAGGGUACAACGGUGAACCUUCCGUGCAAGAUCGUCGGUUCGGGUGAAUAUAAAACCACUUUUAUUUUACAUAAUAUGUAUAUAUACGAGUAUAUUAUAUUAAUAAAUAGAUAAAACUGAACCGGGGCGACACGUCCAUUUACGUUAUUUUAAUAUUAAAUUUCUCAUCAUUAAUUCAUAAUUUUGUUUCUUAUAGUCCCACUCUUCUAUAUAUAGACUCGAGAAUGCAUUUAUGUAUUCUGCGAUCCGGAUUAGAGUUUGCUAGCUGUACUAAAAUAUAUUUCAAAAAAAAAAGAAGUUUUCGAAUUCGAUAAUUCGAUACUUCAUGAAUAUUCAAAAUUAUUACCAUUACCAUUAACAUUCAUUGUAUCAUCGUACACAAGAAUAAGUUUUAAUUUGUUUUAUCUUAGCGAAAAUAUUAGUAAAUAUUAGUUGGCGAAGGGAAUAGAGAUGUUCUGUAGUUUUUAAAGCCUUGCAGUCUUUAUACAAUCAUAUACUUUAGUUGAAAAUCACCGAACUGCUUAUUAAUAUUUUAUUCAAUGUUUUAUCCAUGCCAGUGGCGCCAAAACCAGCUGUCAAGGGUAGACCCCUUCUUUUAAUGGUGGUGGUGGAUCCUUGAUGGGUAUACUUGAGCCAUAUUUUUGUUAUCGAAUUGAUACGUAUAGAAUAUUAAUUAAGGGUGUAGUAUGGGAGUUUGUUUUUUAAACGCCGUGGUGGUUUACAUAACUUUAUUUACCUGCUCACCUUCUUAAAACAUGGUUCAGUGCCAUUGAUUCACGCAUAAAAACACUUCGGAUACACAAUGAGAAUGUCGCAUAUUAUAGGGGAAAAAAAAAUAAACACCUGUAAGUGAUUUCGUUUCGUGCACGAUCUGUUAUAGUUGAUGAUGUCGCAGUGAUAUGGAUCAACGGCACCAAAAGCAUAAUGACAGACGGUGUUUCCUCAACAGCGGAUACUAGAGUUAAAUCCGGAUCUCCUUCGGAAGCGGAUACUACGCAGGGAUCAUCCGAUCAUUCAUUAGUCAUCGAACAAGUAUCGCGUUGGGACUCUGCCCAGUAUACAUGCAGAAUACUGUCAGAACCUGCUGUUGAAAUAACACAUACUUUGCGUGUCAUACGUAAGUAUAUAUAUUUUAUUUAUUAUACCUUCACUAUAUAUUGUACAUUAUUGCUCGUAGUUUUCAUCAUAGCUUCUAAAAAAAAAAAAAAAUAAUAAUAUCUGUAUCAUAGUAAAAUUAUUAUUUUAACAUGAAAAAAUAUACUCCCUAUUACCUAUAACAUAUAUCAUAUAUAUGUCGUAGGCCAUCUGGAAAAUUUGUCUUUCUGUAAAAAUACUAGUCUCUUUGCAAAGAGGUAGCCUAAAGAGGUUUGCGAACUAAUUAUUAUUUUUCCAAACGGACGGCUGUUUUUCAGGCUUAUUGCAGACAGACUGAUAGCAGUUAGGCCUUUUAAGAACUAUAAUUAUUACAUAGAAAUUUUAUUGGUAUGAAGUAAUAUUGUUUAUAAUAUAAGUAAAUGUAAAUUUAUAUUUUAUACCUACAUUACAACUGGCUAUUUUAAGAAUUUAGACAAAUAGAUGUGCUUGUCAGAAAAAUAAUGUAUUGUGUAGCUCAAAAUUCCACAAAAAACACGUAAUAAUAAAUACAUAUAAAUUUGUAAAUAUAAAUACUAAAUAAACUAAAUAAAUAUAAAAGGCAGAGUUUAUACAUUAUAAUUAUUUUUUUUUUGUACAAGUAAUAAAUUCUAAUAAAAUUGCUGUAUAAUGAUAAUAAUAUUAUUAUUAUCAUUAUAUUAUAAUAAUUGUAGUUCUUGUACUAAUUACUUCAUACCAAUACAAUUGCUAUAUAAUAAUUCUAGUUCUUAAAAAGCCUAAAUGCUAUCAGUCUGUCUGCAAUAAGCUUGAAAAACAGCUGGCCGUUUGAAAAAAAAAUAAUUAGUUCACAAAUAGGCUAUCCCUUUGUAAAAAGACCAAUUUUCCAGAUGGCCUAUGACAUUUAUAUACCAUCAUAUCGUCGCCAUUAAUUAUUCGCAAUACAUCGUUUCCAAAUUAUGUUUUUUAUUUCAAAAACAUCAUCUCUUUCGGUCAACAAAUUUUUGCUUGGGAAUAGUUAAUUAUAUUUUCAACAUGUGUUUAUACGUUUUUUAAAAUGUAUUUUAUUAAAUCCCUUUCCAAGAUCAAGCUGUACUACAGUUUUGGGAAUUUAAUACACAAUAUAGACGGACUGCUAAAUUAAAAUACUCUUGAAACUGAAUUUUUUCAUUUUUGAUUAUAUCACAUCAAGUCUUUAUAUGCAGAAAUUAAAUAAAAAAUUGUUUCUUUAAUGUUAUUAAUUGUUCACGUACUCGAAUUGUUUUUUUUUUUAUAUAUAUAUCUGAAUAGUUUUAAAAUAAUGAAUUUACCGUUUACAAACUGUAAUAAAUAUUAAGCUUAUUUCGGCCGAAAACAUAUCCAUUUUAUAUUUUAUACAAUAUUUUCUAAAAUAAUUGUCAAUACUUUUUUUAGGCUAGUAAUAUGAAUCUGUUUUACUGGAUUUAUCUAACAUAAUGUCAGAAAAAUUUGUGACCUCAACUUAUCGAAACCUAAUGAAUUAUUUGAAUAUACAAAAACAAUAUAAUAUAUAAUUUAAAAUUAAUACAUAUAGAUUAUAUAUUAUACUUGUUUACACUUUGAACAUUGUUUUACAAUAUUCUGUCAUCAGAAUGGUAAAGCACUUUUUUAAGUUCAUAUUUGUUAUAGCUUAUAACAUUUUAAACGAUAUAUUAUGUUCAAUACAUAAAAAAAAAAUGUUUAGUAUAUUUUAAUAAGAACAAAAAAAAAAAAAGACUAAUUUUAUGAAUAAUAGAUAAUAAUUAAUUUUAAAACGUACCCAUUAUAUAUAUUUUUUAGCUUCAAUUUGGAAAUUAUUAAAAAUGUAUUGUUUAUUUUUACUAAUUUUCUGCACAGUUUUACUCAUUAUUAUUUUACUAUCCGAAGUUGUUGUUAUUUAUUUUUAUUAAUACAAAUAUUAAGUGAUCAAAAAGCUAAACCGCCGUGUCUAUUAUUAUCAAACAUUUUAUUAUUAUAAUAACUAUAUCUAUAAUUAUAUACAACUACUCGAGUUUAACAUAAAUUUGUUUAAAUUAUCUUAAUAUGCUUUUUUAUUUUUAUUCAAUUUUUUGUUUUUAUUUUUGAAGCUAACUUGCAAAACUUAAUUAUUUUUAAAACUAUAAAGUUAUUUAUAAUAACAUUUACAGAAGCAUUUAAAAUUAAAUUAAAUUAUACAAGAACACAGAACAUAUUAUAAUAAUAAUGUGAAUAAAAGCAAAAAGAAAAUUUGUAUGCAUAUGAUGUAAAAACUAAUAAUCAUUUUUUUUUUAUGUAAACAUAUUUUAAUACAUUGCACUAACAAAUAAUUGUUAAUGAACGACCAUUGUCUGAAUGUUUUUUUUUUACUGAUGGUAAGGUGAGGGGAGUGGUAGUCUAUAAAAAUGUAUAAUAAUACAUUCUUAUCGAAAGUUACUUUAAUUUACUGAUUAAAAUCGACAGUCUAAAUUAUUUUGUUGUUAAUAUAUUCAUAAUACGAGAUAAAUUAAGAACAAAAUUAUUGGGAAACAUAUAUAUUUAUUUUUUUUAGAUAUCUACUCGAAUAGAUUUCACAUUUAUUCAGUUUUUUAAUUAUAAAUUGUGUAUAAUAUAAAUUAGUUCAUAUUUAAGAAUAAUUCAAUUACCUAUUUUAUUAGCGCUAUAAGUAAACGAAACCAGGGGUGCCUAAAAGACUGCCAAGUUUGAUGGCUAUUGCUUCCUGCCCCCCUCCCCCAUCUUAGUUCGAGUUUGACGUUAUUACAAGCACUGCUCUAUCGUUGAAUUUGGCUUAUAUGCGAAUUAUUCGCUUUUGUUGUUUUCGGUAUUAAUGGGGCUCAAUAUUACCUCCAUAACUUUAUUAUGUAUCUGUUAUUUUAAUGCUCUCGACUAUUAUAUUCAAUUUGAUUGACAUAUAUGAUGCUUUUCUUCUAUAUAAAUAGAUCCAGCCAAAGUUUUGGGGUUGACAGCGUCUGGUGCCACAGGAUUUUUAAACACUUUAGGUGUAAAAAAAGUGACGGUGAAGGAAGGUGAGCCGGUGCAACUGUUAUGUAACGCAGCUGGAUACCCAGAACCGACAGUGCAAUGGACUAAGAAGGUAAGUACCGAUAUUAUAUUAAAUCUUUGAUCUGAGGGAAGAAGAGCUAAAGAUAAUUUUAUAUACUUUUCAAUACAAGGAAAUUCAAUUUUGGUAAUAAAUAAAAUUAUGUCAUUUAGACCAAAAAAGAAAAAAUAGCCACAAUUGACUUAAGACUUAAGGUUAUUUUUUGAUUUUUUAAGCGGUUUUCACAAAAAAUGGGAAAAAACGUAGGGAUAAACGAAUAAAUAUUUACGUCGUAAAGAUUUCAUGAUUUACAUUUUAGAUUCUGAGUGAAGCGAUGAAGCUUAUAGUUUUACGAAGAUGUUUUUUUUUUUUUUUUGACAACUUUUCUACCAGAGGACUUGUUCCGAUUUUUACGUCUAGCACUUUUUCUGAAAGGAAAUCAGUGUGGGAAAGUACUUAAGCAGGUCAUUUUUCGAUUUUCUCACGAGUUUUUCCACCAAAUGUAAAAAACCAAGAUAAAAAUGGGAAAACCGGUAAAAACGUAGAAAAACUGGGAGAAUCGGUACUACAUUAAACAAAUAUUAUUAAAGAAAAUGUAUAAUGCCUAUUUAAUUAUUUUACAAUAAAAUGAGAUAUGUUUUUGAUAAAGUUUCAUUGUCAACUGAACUCCGCUCAGAAUCGUUUCAUCGUAAACAACGGUGUAUCGUUGCUUACGGGUAUACAUCAAAUUACCUAUAACAGUGGCUGCAAUCGUUCCUAUUAUCUUAGGCUACAUAAAACAAUACUCGAUAUCGGUGGUUUUAUCGGUAUUAGUUUUUGUUUUCAAAACCGAUAUAAAACCCAAUAUUUUCGGUGAACAAUUUCUUAUUAUGCCUGAGGUAAUGGCGUAUUGAAAAAUCAUGUAUAUAUUUCAAAGGUAUCCAUUAAUAGAUGCCAUUUUAUGGAAAUUAAAUUGUUAUUUGGAAGGUGUUUAACCACCGUGAACCCCCCUCCCCCCGGGUAAAUAUGCUACUGGUCUCUGGAAUAUGAAAAAAAAAAAACAUUAGAUUGACUGGGGUUUCAACCUAUACACCGGUUAAGUGCAAUCAAUACUCGUGAUGUCCGAUUUAAAUUAUCGGGUACCGGUUUAGCAGACAUAAAUCAGAAAAUUCGAUCUCGUUAAAAAGUGAUGUCAGCCCUAUCCUUAAUAAUUGUUAUACCUAUAUUAAUUAUAUUGUAUGUUUUAUUAAAUUGCGCAAUAUUUAUCGUGCAGGCCAAAUAUCAACAGCACCAAGCCGUACAAUCUUCCGGCCAAGAUUCAAAUCCGUCAUCAUCUUUAGCGCAACCACCUGCGACGGUCAUUGUAUCGAACAAUAGAGAAGUGCGUAUCGAAUCUGUUUCUGCGUAUCGCGACGCCGGCGUCUACGAGUGCACUGCGCAUAAUACCGAAUCCUCAAGUGCAAUACAAGGAACCCCUAUAGCCGCCCCCCGUAUGACAUUGGAACUGGAAGUUGAAUGUGAGUACCCGCUCGUGCCUAUCCAGUGUUGAAUAAAUAAAUGCAUGUUAAAAUAUGAUCUACUAGAUACAGAUAAAAGAUAAUAUCGCUGGAAUAAUAAUUAUCUAGAUGAAGACAAAAACUACUUAAAAAUUUAAUCGUCUAGACAGAGAUAAAUAAUCGGGAACAUUUUAUCUAGACAAAAGAAAAAAGAAAAUUGUAUUCAUUAUCUACUACAAAUCUAAAAGUGUUUAAAGUAGUAAAAAUGUAACAGAUUUUGUACACGUUUAGAUUUCAUUAUGCUCGUGUGAUUCAUGUAACUUAAUAAUUUAUUCGUUAAACCAUAGGUAAAUUAAUAUAAAUUAAAUAUUUUACCUAUUAUUUCUAGUAUAAAAAUAUAAAUUACGAUUAAAAAAGAUUUAUCUAGAUAAUUAAAUUAUCUUUCUCAAACAACUGCUCAGAUAAAAUAUUUCUCAUUCAUCUAGAUACAAUAAAAUAUAGAAAUAUACAGAUAAAAAACAAUAUACUACAGCAAUGAUUGAAUCACUUAAAUUUCGCCCCCCCCCCCCAAAAAAAAAAAAAACCAGCCUACAGAUGAUAAUCAAGUGUAAUGCUUCUGCACCAGGUUCAAAUAAUUUAAAAUGUGUGAUAAAUUAAUAUAAUUUAUUACGUAUAUAAAGGAUAAAUAAUACAAUCAUUUGGUAUAAAAAUAACGGAAUUUUAGUCGAUAUGUAUUAAUACAGUAACGAACUCGUAAAUGAUUUUUGAGAUUUAAAGAAAAAUUUAAAAAAAUUUUUUUAAACAUUAUUUAUACUUAUUAUUAAAUACGAAUAUUAAAUUAUUAUUUAUAAACGGCAUUUUUCGACUUAACGACAAAAGUUAAAGUAAGUAAAAAAUGUCUAUAAGUCAUUAAUUCUACAUAAAACAUUUUACACUCCAGAAAAAAAAAAAAAAACAUAUUGAGGGCGGAAUUUACGAUCACCUCGUAACAAUAACAUUAUUUUCAUUGUUUACUGCAGUCAUUAAUAUAUCGAUAUCCGGUGUAAUUUAUAGACCGACCGGAUGUAGUCGUACUACGACGCGUUAUUAACACGGGAGAAACGUACUCAGCUCAAAUUGCGUGUUCGGUGCACGCGGUCCCCAAACCACAAGUCACGUGGGAAAAGGAACAAAUUAUCGGCACCAGUGAAUCGUGGCAGCCUCUGACCGUCGAGGGACCCAACAGCCGAUACGCUUCCAACAGAGUUUCUUCAUCGAAUGCUAUAAACGGCAGUGCGGUGUUGGCAGGACCAAGUUACGUGUUGAAGGUGAAACAGGUGCAAGGACCUCAGGACUUCGGGCGUUACCGUUGUAAGGCUGACAACAAAUUGGGCACCUCCUAUUCGGAACCCAUAACUCUGACUGGUACGAAAGCAUUACUUGAAAUUAAUUUAAUGCGUACAAAAUAUAAUUUAAAAUAAUAAUUGCGUAUUAUAAAAUAUUUACAAUAAUUAACAUCAUAUUGUUUAUAAUCUCGAUUGUACAGGUUCACCAGCUCAACCGCAAUCGUCGUACGUGGAGAUCAAGGAACCUGCCGGAACCGUCCCCAAGACACCCGAACUAGGAUGGACCGUGGACAGUUGGUCGCCACUGGUGGAAUACCAGUUGCAGUACAAACGACAACAGGUACGUAACAUUAGUCCAAACAGCCUUUACACUAUUUAUACUCGUAUUACUAAUAACUCGAUUUCACCUCUUAAACAAUGUUUAAUAUGAGUAGAAAAUAGUAACAGUCGGUAAUAUAAUGUAAAUAUAAAAAUUAAAUUAAAAACACAAUAGGCGCCGUACAAAAAAAAUACUCUCUUCUUUUUCAAUUUUCUCUUUUGAAACUAUAUUAGGCGUCUUACCAGAAGUUAAAGAUGCGCAAAUAUUAUAUAAAUAUUGUUAACGAGCAUUCGAGCCGCAUAAAAAAAAAAAAAUGAGAUGCAUUGUAAAAGUAAAAUUUAGAUUUGCAAAUUUUUAAUAAAAGUUCAACGUUAAAAUAUUAUUGUUCCGAGAAAAAAGGGCUUUUCCGGGUCCCAUCAAUAUUUCAGGGUCGGAAACCCGAGCUCCUGGGCAGCUCCGUACUUAAUCCGACCCUGCGGCUUUGCAAUAGUAACACGAACUUUAUGAUCUCAUGUCUGGAUGCGUGUACAGGAUCCUUCGACUUCGUGGGCUGACCUACGACCGCAGCCAAAAGUGGUCGAGACGUCUGCCGGCGGCAGCGCCGCGGGCGACGAGCGUCGGUACACCGUCUCUUACGUGUUCGGCGGUGACCAAGCUGGACAGGCACAAGCAGACGGAUCCGCCAUAGUACCGCUGUCCCUGCAACCCGGUACCACUUACGUGGCCCACCUUCGGGCUCGCAACGUUCACGGUUGGUCCGAUUGGUCCACGGACGUCGUGUUCUCCGGUACGUAUGCAUCGAAUGUGUUUAAGACUUCGUAAUAAUAUAUUAUUGUCUGGUGUAUAUGGAGCCGAACAGUUACCGACCGAGGGGUUUGCGUACGGUUUUCCACAUUUUAUCCGAUCGUGUAACAUUUUGCAAAUUAUUUUUCGUCGUCUUUUGACGACUGCCUUAACGAUAGGACUUUUCCGCUAACCCACUGCUGCGGUAUCCAUUUAAGGGCAGGAAUGGGUACGGUCGUUUUUACCGACAAACAUGGCGGUUCAGACGAAUAAGCGGCGGCUAAUUAAAUAUAUUAUAUUUUCCUUUGUACGAUUUCAAUUUUCGAACCGAGUAUAUGGAUUAGUUGACGAAUCGCCUAUAGGUUUUAUUCAGGAAACAGAAUUUUACAUUUAAAUUCGGUGUUUAUUUUCGAAAUUCAGUGAUUCCGUAAUGUGGUUGUAACAACGGAAAUGUAAACAAUUAUAUCUCAAUACUAUGAAGGUGUUCAAAACCGUGAAUUGAAAAUCGAUUUCUUUAAUAAUCUAUAGACCGUAUUUUUGAAAAAAAGCAAUCAUACUUUCGAAAAUCGGACAUUAGAAAGUAUAUGUGUAAUAUUACCCACCGCUUAUUGAUUUAAAACGUAUUUUAUCAAUGUGCAUUAUUUUUUUUUUUUUAAAUUAAAGUCGAAAACGGACAAUAUUUUGCAAGGUUCAACAUAAAUAUAUAAUAUUGUAUAUUUUUACACAUAUAUAACUAUAUCCGUACCGACGAAUUCAGCUCGUCAAAAAUGGAUAACGUUCAGUGUGACGGAAUUACCGUAAAUAGGAUAAACCCACUACUUAAUCUGUCUACCCUAUUUUAAUAUUGCUCUCGUUUGCACGUUGUAUCGAAUCAUAAUAAUUAUUAUGCGUGUUUUUUUUUUUUCCUUUUUAAAUUAAUUAUUACAGUGCGUAUGCGUUAAUAUCGCAAACCCCAAAAAGUAGAUAACGCAUUUAUUUAUCUAAUAUUACUUACGUGCCUUUUAUUCAAUGCACAUAGCCGUCACGCGCUCGGCAUGCUUUGAAUACGAUAUAUCAUUACGUUUAAUGUAGUUUAAGUACGUUUAGUGUAUUGUAAAUGUAUUGACAUUAAUGUACCUAUAAUGUGCAGAUAUAUGUCUGUAUAUUAUACUUUAUUCACUUAUAAUUAUCAAACCCAGAUUAUGAAAUUAAUUUUCCUACGAAAAAGCAGAAAAAAAAAAAAAAAGCCAAGGAAAUAAUAAUAUACGUUAAAAAUGUGUAUUAAACAAUAAAUUUCGGUCGAGCAGUCAUCGUGAUAAUUCCGUGCGUAUUGUUAUUAUUAGUCGUGCCGUGUUCGACGGCCACGGGCAGAUAGGUACCGCGGUAUACGACUAUUCGCGUUAAUCUAAAUAUCCAAUACACAUCCUUUAUUUUACCAGGGUCGACAAAAAGAAAAACAUGGAAAAAAAAUGUUUAUAAGUAAUUAAUUUCCGGUCGACUUUAUUUUUAUUGUCUCAAACCAUUCGCAAUUGAAUUAUUUGUUUUUUUUUUCCUAGAUAUUUAACACUUUAACGACACUAAGAACACGCAAUAUACCUAUCACUGUAAUGCAAAUAGAUAUUUUUUUUUCUUUUCUGGGUCAUCGCGCGUUUAAAGUUAAUUAAAAAAAAAAUAAUAAUAAUAAUAAAAUAAACAAAUUGUACGUGAAUCGACGUAGUCAUAGUAUAUACGUAUAUUAGGGAUUCGAGACAUUUUAAUAUCGUGUAUACGCAUUUUAACAUCGGUAGUUUUUUUUCACCCAACAAAAUUUAUAUUUGAGUACUACCACUAUACUCAUUGAUAAUAUUUCAUGUAAACCGAUGAGGCCACACCUAUAUUUUCUGUCUCAGUCCUACUAACGGGUAGUCAAAACACAUUUACGUGGCCUGACUAUAACUCGCUUGAUUUUGAUUUUAAAGUAAAAACAUAACUUGUUAUAAAAUUUGAAAAGGACAAUAUUCGUGUGUAACGUUUUUUUCGUUGCUCCGAAUAUAACACGCUCAGCACGUGGUUCAGAAAUAACGAUUAUUUAAAAAAUUUUAAAUGAUUGACUUUUAAAAAAAAAAAUCUUUAAGUUUCGCCCUUCAAAAUAUUGUCCUCUUUUAAUUAAUUUAUAAAUAAGUGUUUGUAUUCUAUAAAAGCGAAAUCGGUUGAUUUCUUGGCAUGUCGCGUAAACAUGUUUUUGUUAUGUUGGCUGUAGUGAUGACGGGUGACAUAAAUCCGGAUUAUCCGAAAAUAAGGAUUUCAGACUUCAAAUUCCGAACAGUCUAAAUUUGGAUUACAAAAUUAGAGUUUUUAAUUUUUUUUUUUUUUUUUGAAAUCUGUUUCGCUAUUUCAUAUAUUUUUAUAUUUUCUAUGUAAAAAAUAUUUGUAUUAAAUAGUUCAAAAAAAAAAAAAAUUGUAUAUAUAUAUGUUUUAAAAUCCAAAAUCCGGAUUUUUCCCACUAAUAUUUGCCCGUUAUGGCUGAACAAAGACCGCAGUGCAUGCCGUAACAUUUGUCGAAUUUUUGCGUUAGCGUAAUUGAAAAAAAAAAAAUUAAAAAUACGCCCAUCGUAACAUUCGAACUUAUUGUUAGUUAUUGUUAUUACUCCAUUGCACGCACCCAGCUUGUGUAUUCACGCAUUCUCUCACGUAGAAACAUCACUUAUUUUUAGGCGGAAAAAUGGACGACGAUCAAGCCAACGAAAUUACUCAACACGACGGCGGCCAGACACAAGAAAACGGAAAAGUAUUGAGUAAGUAAAUCGGCACACGUAUAUCAUUAUCGCCAUUACAUUAUAAUAUUAUAAAUCGUGCAGAUAAUAAUAAUGCAAGUACUUUUUCUGCACGUUACGCGUCAAUAAUAGCUACGCAUGUAUAUCUAGUUGGCCUAAUAUAAGCGGUAUACAUAGUGUACUUAUCUUACUCAUCUACUUUAAACGAAUUCAAACACCACGACCGUUUUUUUUUCCCACCAAAAUACGAUAUUAUAAUAAUUUGUUGUCCAUUGAACCGAACGAUUUGAUGACCUGUCGGUGCGAUAAGAAUAUUAUCAAUCUGCUUUAACUAGACUUAAAUUCGUUAUUGCGUGUACCAUAUGAUAAUAUUGUGUGGUAUUUAACUAUAUUGACAUCGUUUUCUUUUUUCCUUUUUUUUUAUUCCUGCUAGGUAUUCCGAAUUUUGGCAAUUAACCUCAAUUGAAUUCGAUUUUAUAAUUAUAGUAUAGAAAAACGUUCAACGUACAGUCGAUCAUAAUAUGUAUCAUACUGUACAUUAUGCUAUUGGAAAACAUAAUCGAAAUAGAUUGAAUCAUUACCGCGUGAAUACAAUGAAAAUAAUAUUAUUAUAAUGAGUAAACAGCAAUGACGAAUACAUAAUAUAUAUUUAUAUAUGUAUAUAUUUUUUUUAGUUUUCACGUUAGGUACUUAUAAAGCGAACAAUUAUUGUUAUUCUCGUUCGCGUGCGUGACAAAGCUUUGAUGAUACGCUCGUGCUGUAAACAAUACUGGAAAACAAAAAAAUUUAAAAGCAACACGCCUGUAAAACGAUUAACUCGUACUGGGUAUAUAUUAUUGUAAUUUAUAUCGAUUUGCUUUGUCACAGUGCGUACAUGAGAUAGCGCCACGGGCGGAUAGACCUGCCCCGGGGCCCUCGGUAUAGUGACGGGCACGACCGAGUGGAGAACCGAGUAUGCGUUUAGUCCGCGUAUAAGAGACAAAACAAAAAAAAAAAAGGCUAUCAGUAUUUUUCCCGUGUAGGGGACCUCUUUUUCAAAAUUUCCCGGUAGCCCGGAAUAUUGUCCCCGCGGUUCCUAUUGUUCUUCAGUCGAAUCGACUAAUUGCCGGCGCUUUUUCUAUAGGUUUGUACGUGUAUUAUAUUAUAGAGUGUGAUACGGUACUUUUCUAUUGUUAUACAGCCUCGGCGGAUUAUCUAGGAUUUGUUUUGUAUAGCGGGGCCGACGAUGAUAAGGGGAUUUUUACGAUCGUGAAACGCGCACAGAAAAUAACCCUCGUCGUGCGCCGCUGCAGAUGGGUUUGUUUUUAUACCACCUACACUCGACGAGAACGAGUAAAUUAUUUGUUUAACGGCGGAACGUAUUAUUAUAUUAUAUAUAUACAGAGUGAUUUAUUAUCUACAGUGACAUAUACCAGGGCACUGUCGUUAUAAAUCGCGGGCAUAUUAUAGAUUGGAAUGUCUGCGUAUGGAUUUAGUGUUUAAUGUGUUGGCCGCACUCCAGAGUUAAAUCCCCCGUAGCACCGUCGCAUAGUAUUAUUAUAUACGAGCGAGAUGUGUAUAGAGUAAUACAAGUCGUGCACCUAAUAAUGCGCGUAUAAAGCGUAUUGGUCUUAUUGAUAAUUUUCAAACGGAGUAUUGACACCAUAUAUUGAAGUGGCGAAUCCGAGUGAUUUAUAUUUGGUUAUAGACGCGAGACCUUGUUACUGAUAUGCAUACAUAUAAUUAAAAACUAUCGAAAUUAAUAAUUUGUAAACCCGCAAUUAUAUUAUUAUUAUCAUUAUUAAAACAAUUUUCAUUAGGCUAUUCGGUCGAUGACACCAGAUCCUUUAUAUGUGUUAUAUUUAUGAUACACGAAUUACUCGAUUAUUUUGGUUUUUCGAAGGUUAUAGUAUAAUAUAAUGAUUCUUAUGGGAGAAAAAAAAUAACUAGAUGUAUGUAACCGGAUGUUAUAUAUGUAUAAAAUGCGAGUAGUAAAUUUAUAAUCAUCGCCACCCAUAAUAUAGGCUGGCGUCCCGUCUGCCAUAAAUCAAAUUCACUGCGAGCGAAUAGAAUGGUGAGAACGGGCCGUUACGCAUCGUACAAUUGUGUGAAAUAAUUAUAAAUUUUAAACGAAAUUAAGUUUCAAUAUCGUUCGCGCGAACACAAUUAGUAAUUUUAUAAUUCGACACUCCAGAAUGAUUGUAAUACUCGUGUAAUAAGUAUUAGGUGUUUAACAAUUGAUAAUAUUCGGAACUAUUUGCAAAAGAUUUAUGAUUUAUAUGGGCUAUUUAUGUCGGCCGGUUUAUCUUUUUUUUAAAUACCGGUUGUGUAGUCUGUGCAGUGUGCAUCCAAAAUACGUUCUGACCAAAAGCGUACACGAUUAAAUUACUUGUGAAUCUUGCGAAUUUAUGAUAGCCAGAUAUUCGGAAUUAAUAAUGGUUUCGCUAUUUUUGUUUUGUUUUUUUUUUUUUUUUUUACAUAAAUACUAUCUAAAAAUGGUAAAACAUUAAAAUGUAGUUACAUAAAAAAAUAAAUAAUGAACGGAAUUCGCGAAGUCGCCAACCGGUUGGCCUAACAUUAACGACCUUUUCUCUCGGACACCAAACUCUUCCUGAAAUAUUUUGUGAACGAUGACGUUACGGUUUUACGCGCUAAACGUGUACUAGAGAAUAAAUUCGUAAAUAAUAAAAACUAUAUAGGUUAUAAUAAUAAUAAUAUUGCUGUAUGAGUAACUAUAAUCAUAUUUUUUGCUUUUGACGGGCGAUAUUUAGAGUUCGGUUAUACAUGUUUUGAAAGACUGUUGGUAAUAUUUACGAUUUUCGUCAAAAUUUGAUAUUACAAUUCUUACAUAAAAAAAAAAAAUACCACAUAAAACUUAACUUUUUCUUGUUGGCAACUAAAUACAACUUAUAUAAUGAAACUCUUUUCAAGCAUUUCAGUUUGGUCUAACGAUUUUGUCCAAAGAGUACCUAUACCGAAUAAAAAUUUCGUAAAAACUCCCAAAAUUAUAAUGUUUAUAAAUAGCUCGUGAAUGGCUCAAAUGUUUUGAACAUUUUACGUUCUCUAAAAAAGUAAAUAUAAGUUCUCUGUCUAAAUUUCAAGUCUCUACGAAUAUUUUAACAAAAUUGCAACAAAAAAACAAAAUUGAAAAUAAUUAAAGUAUUAUUAUCGUAAAUUUUCUCUCUAAGUUUUUUUUUUUUUUUUUUGAGAUUUCGCUCAAUCAUUUAAAAGCUACACGGAAAAUUAAAAACCGACCUUCUGACUCAUCAAUCAAAUUAAGAAUUUAACAAAUAUGGUUUCUUGUCAUUCGACUGGAGCAUUAUUUUUGGUAGAAAAUAUCGUGUAUACAAACUUAAAAUAAUAAAGUCGGUAACGCCGUGGGGUGCUGUAAAUAUGUGCCGUUUUACCUAUUAUUUUCUAUUGCGUUUGUCACAAUUAUUUUGAAAACCUCUAAGAAAAUAAAACAUCGGCGUCUUAAAGAAAAGCCUUAAAAACCUUAAAGAAAAAAUGCAAAACUUAAUACUUCGGAGCAAAAUUUUUGGUAGAAAAGUUAUUCACAGCCAUAGAAAAAAUUAAAUAAUAAUAAAAACAACACAUUAUAGUAAAACCAUUAGAUCCCUAGCUACGCACAAAAUCUAAAAUAAACAUCAAUGUAAAACCAAUGUAUUCCUGUCUAUGUUAAAUGCCUACGUGCCGGUUUCUAAUUAUCAUAUGAAUAAUUUCUCCCUAUGCUAAUAAAAAAAUUUUUAUUUACAAGUUAAAAUAUUAAAUAAUGCAAAAAUGUAAACAUUAUUCAGGAAAUAAUAUACUUUAUGAAAAUAAUAUUGUAUAGUUUAAAAAAUUGUUAAUUGGUGUUAGCGCAUUAAGUUUAAUACCGUGUAGAGGUGGGUGGGUAUAAAUUAAUGCUUACUGUCACACAUACAAAAAAUUAGUCCGGCGUCACUUCUUAUAAUAUCAUAGUUAUAAUAAUAUAUGGAUACCUAAUACGAGUAAUACAGUAAUACGGGCAAACGGCAAACAUUUUCUGCCAUAAUAUGAAGAUUGAAAACAUUCGGAAUGAGCAAUGCUGCAAGUGUGUAUGGUAUAGGGUUCAUAAAUAUAAAAAAUAUUUAAAAAUGUUAAAUGUUGACACGUUAUCAGUAUUGAACGGUUUCGCUCUGGGGAAUCAAUCUAAUUUUCUUAUUAUUGAAUCAAUUUAUUGUUAUUUAUGAAUCAAUAAUAAAUAUACAUAUUUAUUAUAAACAAAUUAUUUGUCAAUGGUAUAGAAAUAUUUCGAUUCGAUGUUAGGAAGGGAGAAAUUUUUUUUUUUUUUUUCUUAAGAUAGAAGAGCCCCCGUCAAUGCAAUUUCCUAUUUGCGCCUGUGACAGACGGCUGUCGAACGGUUCGUGACUCGCGUUUUUAUACGCACGAAUCGCACAAUUGGCCCCGCGGCCACGUUCACUCUGUAGGUACGCGCGUAGCGUUUAUUCGAAUGCGUCGUUUUGGCCUUGUUCAACGCGCCGCACCGCCGUACCCAUUACCUAUAAUGUGUUUGAAUAAUAAUACACGAUAACACAACGAUGUUGUCGGUGUAAUAAUAAUAAUAAUAAUAAAUUGAUUGUUUAUUCAUCAACGUUGACACUUGUAGGAGCCGACCAUCUCAACGGUACAAUUAUCAGCGGAUCACGCGGGGGAAAAGUGUGCGCGCCCUCGUGGAGUAGCUACACAAUAUUGCCUAAUCCGUUGAAAAGUACCCGUCUACGUUAUAAUAUUAUGUUGACGUUAAUACGGUUUUUAUUUGAGUCCGCUUUAAAUGUAUUUAACUGUAUAACAAUAUCAUAGCCAGUUACCAUUUAAUUCUAAAAUUAAUAUUUGAUGGAAAAUAAAAAAAAAAAAAAAAGAGAUCGGGAUGUUUUGAUCUAGACUUUUGAAACAACGUGUAAUAGUAAUUGACCGUGGCAAAGAACAAACAAAAAAAAAAAAAAAACAAAUGAUAUGGUUUCGAAAACGCGUUUAUGUUUAUCCGAUAUAAACCGUUUGAAACGUUCUAAACGGCUUUAAUUUCUUCAACUAGGUACGGGCCGGCGGUAGUGCGGGCGUUUUUAAACCGUUUUAAAGUGUUAUUUUCAAUGUUUACACGACAAUAAUAAAUUUUACGCCACAGUUCGAGACGAUUUCAUUUCAAACCGUUUUAACACCAUUAUAUUAUACACGUACUAUAAGUGAUAAUCAAAAUCGUAUACAUCUGAAACAAUUGUAUAUAGAACUGAAAGAUCUAUACAAAAAAAAGUCCGCGGUAAUUAAAUUUUUUUUUUUUUAUGAUUUUUCUUCAAAAUUAACAAGGGUCUUAAAUUGUAUAGGCUGUUGUAUUUUUAUAUUUACUUUAUUGUCAAAAAAAAAAAAAAAAAUAAUAAAUAAAUAAAUGACCGUGUUUAUGUUUAUGACAUAAACAUAUUCACGUUACGUAUUUAUUAUUUACACUCGAGACUUGAUAUUUGUUUGUUUAAUAAAUUAAAUUAUUAGAAAUAAUUGUAACAUAUACACAUCUAUACUAUAUGCAUAAUGUAUUAUCUAUACAAAUUAUUUUGAUAUACAACAGAUAAACAUUGAAAGGAUAUGAUUAUGUAGUAUAGGUAUACUAACCGGAAUGUUUGUUGACACAUACUAUGUAUUGUGUACAUGUGUAACUGUUACGCGUAAUGGUGUGAACAAAUAGACGCAAUCGCAAUUAUUUGCAUCAAUCGAUUUCAUUGUUUACGGUUUAACUACAUUCUAAAAAAAAAUUAGUGGUCGAUAACACGGAAAUACAAAUUAUAUUUUUCUAAUAUAAAUAGAUAAUGCGAAUAGUAUAUUGUUUGCUAAAUCUAUUAGGCGUUUGUAGUUUUGGUUUUAUAAAUAUGUAUCAGAAAAGCCUGUAAAGCUCAAAAGUAAUGAAAGUGGAAUUAUUUUCGCCACAGUUAAAUUAAAGAAAACUUAUUCUCUCCGCCCUAUUGAAAACGCAAAAGGAACCCAUGUUUCAAAAACAAAUUGUCAAAGUACGUAGUCGUAUAAAAAUAGUAACUGCGUUUCAUAUACGGUCAACCUUAAAUACAAUGAGCAAUCAGCAGAUAACAUAUUAUUUUCUUAAUUGGCUGUUUUUUUAAAUUUUAAUGCUAUCAUUGUAUAUGAUCUAAUACUCGAAAUAGCUACCUACAUUUGCAAUUCAUUCAUAAUAUUAAUUUCGACUUUUCAUGUUUUUAUAUAAUAAUACCUAUACUAUAAUAUUUUAUAUAGGUUUCAAUUAUUUAUACUCUUUGUUUAAUUAAAUUUCAAGACGUGACAGUUUUUAAUUAGGUAUUCGUAAUUGACGUAACUCGUAUUUCAUAAGAGCGUAUCUUCAUAAACUUUACGUAAAGAUAAAUAUAUAUUUGUUGGCAAACUGUACAUUAUUUUACUAUCUUAAAAAAUAAUUAUGAGUACAUAAAAUAUUGAUAUCUGUUCGUAUGGUAAAAAUUAAAACGUACUGUUGUUCCUUAGUAAAAUCAAGCAAAAUACUCAGAAGUACGGAAGUUAAACCGUUUUGGCUUUGGCACCUUUUCGUUUUGAUAUUAGUAGCUCUCCUCCCUCGAACCACAAAUAGUUAAGUUUUUGUAGACGGUACUAUACGCAGUAAUCAUUGAAAAAUAAAAUAAAUUGUUUAUAAAUGACGGUUAUUUUUCUUUUCUUUUUAUGUAGUUGUGUAUGCAUAAAAUAAUAUAUUUUAUUAUUUUAUAUUAUCUUCUAUUGUGUUCUUAUCGACAACGCAACGACGUGUUCGGUAUUUAUUACACUGCGGAUACUUAUUGUAUCAACUGUACAUUUCGUUAUAAUAUAUUAGGUAUGUCACACGCACUGUUUUUUUUUUCAUUUUUAAAUUCUAAGGAUUAUAUUUUUAACAAUGAAUAGGCACUUAUUAUAAAAAAAAAAAAAAAAAACGUUGACUCGAUUAUAUUCGACCGUGACAAAUUAGUAAAAUACAUUGGCACAGUGACAGCCUAACCCAUUGACUAUUCGGUAAAAUCGAGGGUUACAAUAAUAUUUAUUGUGUUUUGUUAUCUGGUAAAACAUAAUACAUUAGGCAGUAAGCAGAUCACAGAUGUUAACCGUUCCCGCAUCCGUUUUAUUUUGCUGUUUAGUGCACUAUAGUAAAUGGUUCAUAAGCACAUUCCAUAUAUUUUAUAAAAUAUAUUUUGACCGCCCUAUUCAGAAAUACAAGAUUUACUUUGGAAGAAUAUAUUUCAUUAAAACAAUAAAUAAAUACUAUAGUACAUGCCACCUUAAUAAAAUAUUUCUAAUUUAUAUUAGAAAUAUGACUAGGUAUAACGAUCAUAACAGAUUUUUAUGUAAUAUAAAUGUAUAUUAUUUUUAAUUUAAAUAAGAUAAAUUUUAAAUCUGAUGAGAGACUUGAGAAAUGGGUACGAAUACACCAUUUGUAUAUAAAAAAAAAGUCACCUGCAAUUAUAUUUCACAGUAAACCUAUUUUUUUUAUAUGUUUCAUUUAUACCUAUUUUUUUUAAUUUUAUUUUUCUAUAAGUACUUUUGCGUCUUUAUCGUCAUUUUUCCUAUAGUAUUUACUUUCGUUAAAGUUUAUAUUUUCACGUAUUGUUAUUCGCAGCAUCAAUUUAAAUUAGUUAUAUUAUGCAUUUUUGAUAAAACUAUAAUAAAUAAUAAAUACUUUUUACAAAAAAAUAAUUUGAUGAAAACGAAUACGAAUACUCUUUAAUUUCAUUUUUAAAAAGUGGAUUCAUUUUUUUUAUGUACAAAUUAGGUUAAUGUGUGAUUACACAUAAUCAUACAUAUUAUACAGUUUUUGGUGAUUUGACAAUGAGUCAGCCUAAUAUCAAUAUGCAUAGGUAUAUACUUGCACAUACAGGGUAAACUAGGUGUGCCGUGGUACAUUCCGUGGCCCAUAGACUAAAAGCGAAAUUUAUUAAUUCUGGGUUUUAUUUAAUUAAAUGCUAAACCCCUGAUGAACGAAAAAAAUAUAUUUCGAGUUGAUUAAUGUAGGGAUAUUAUGUUAGUUAAUUAUAAAAGUAUAUCGGGUCUCUUUUUUUUUCGAUUAUUUAUAGCAAUGUUUUCGUAAAAAAUAAUAUUAGAUAAUACCUAAUUAGUAACUCAUUUGAUUUAAAAUUAUUUCGUUAUUAGCGGUUGGGAGAGGGGGUUGAGGUUAAGCUGACUUUUUAACGGUUUUUAACAAUUAUUAUAAUUUACAUUAUUUUUUUAUAUGAAUACAUAUUAUAUCAGCCCUUUGUUUGACUGCACCUGGUAUAACUUUUUGGUCACCUACGAGUUGGUUCGCAAUUACCGAAUUUUUUCCGAAAUAGUCUAUAUAGGUAUUAUGUAUAGAUAAAUUGAUUCCUGGGUGGUCUACAGGCAAGGCCGUACCUGCGGGGGUUAGAGGUUUUUAGUUACGUUCUUGUAAUACAAAGCUACAGGUAACAUUAAAAUUGUUUCAGACGAGCUAUCAUUUUAAUAAUAAAACAGAAUUACAAAUCAACUACAAUAUCCUUCCUAUCUUACACAGACAUAAGACUAUCUAGAAAACCUACUAUGAAAAUCCGUAGUUAAGGCUAUCAUAGUCUUCGAAAAAAAAAAAAAGAGUGGAAUUUAAACCGAAAUGUACACAAAAUUGUAGGUGGUUUUGGGUUUGACGAAUUUAUUUUGAAAACUAAUUUUGAUUUAAUAACAGUUUAAUAGAUUUUGACGAUACAAGAACGAUUUAAACUUUCCUAUGAUAAAUAAAACGUGCUACCCACGAUGUGUUGUCUGUCUCAUUCUUAAACGUAUAAAAUAUAUCAAAUUCGAGUUCAACAGGGAUAACAUUGUGAUUAUGUUAUCAGUUUUAGUAAUAGAGUUAAUUGACUAAUUAUAAAACUUAAGGAUAAGAACAUGUUUUGUGCUACGUUGGUGUUAUCUUUUAGAUAUUUGUAUUCUUAAAAGCGGUAUGAGUAUGUGAAAUAUAACGAAUUUGAAAUCUCGUUAGAAAAUUAAAAACGCCAUGUCGUAUGUUUUGUAAAAUAAUACCAAUUCGAACAGUCUCACUGCAGUGCUAUAUAAAAUCGAUCGAGAAUCCAAUUCCGUAGUUACCACCUACCUAUCGGUAUUUGAUAAGAUACUUGUGCACCCUCGUGCGAGAUUUCGAGAUGCCGAGUUUGCCGUUGGUGAGUGGGUUUUUAUAAUGAUGGUUUAUUAUAUUAUAAUAUAGGUAUAAUAAUAUUUAUUGUUGCCAUAUGUUAAUUUAUGCAUAUAGGCAGCAGCGUAAUUUUAAAUAUUGUUUCACUGGAAAAACUCGUUUCGUCUUGUCCACAGAAGGUUCGGCGGCGGGAGGUUCGAGCGGUGCGUCAUCCGGUCUACGACAGCAGUCUUGCAGUGCCGCCGUGGCCACGGCUAUCGUCGUGUUGGUCUCAGUCGCCGUUUCCGCUUCCGUCUGUUAAACGCCGUCACCGUAAUCAUCAUCAUCAUUAUUAUAUAUAGAGCUGCACGGCCUCGCCUCGGAAAAAAAAAAAAACAUUUUAUAUAAUAAAAAUAUUAUAUUUAUAUAUUAUACAGAAAAAAAAAAAAUUUAAAAAUACUCAACGUGACAAAACAUAAUAUUUUCAUAGUAUAAUAUUUAAUAUAUUAUAUCGUGUAUGCGCGCCCGCCGACCUCUUCGAGAGCGGAAGGCUUGGCGGGCAGAGGGUCCGGUGCAAAACAAAAAAAAAAAAAACCAAUAUUUUUCAAUUUAACCAAAGACGCAUUAUACCGGGCGCACUAUAUAAUAUUAUUAUAUUAGAUACUAUUAUUUUUAUUACUGCGCUUAUAUUAUUAUAUUAUAUUAACAUAUAAUUAUUAUAGGUAGGUACAUAUAAUAUAAGCCUAUUCUACACGAUGUUAUCUCGUAAAACAUAGCUGAAAUCAUAAAAAAUAAAAAUGUUUGAACAAAAAACAUUCGCGUAUACGCAUAGGUAAUAAUUAAUCGUGUAAUUACACCUCAUACGUCUAACCAAUUUUAAGUAAUUAUAUAGGUAUUAGUAAUUAAACAUGCGACGAUUACGCAAUUCACUAGUUUUUAAUAAUAUUUCCAACGAUAAUAUAAAUAUGAUACCAUAGUAUAGACUAGAUCCAAAUUUCAGGGGCUAUUUUUGUCAUAGAUUUUGUAAUUUCUUAAAAAAAAAUCCUACUUAAUGGUGGAUAUUUGCUAGCCUUUUUUUUUUUUUGAGAUCGGGGUUAGAAAUUAUUCUAAUCCCCCUUCCCCACAAUAUUUGCCUAUACGUAUCUAAUUUGCUAAGUGUAAUUAGUUGCGUGUCUACACGAUUUUUCUUUUAACUUGCAUUAUAUUAUAAUAUUUUGUUAUUUUUUUUAACAGUCCUGAGCUCCGAAAUUCCAAAAUCCUGAAUCUUGACAAAAAAAAAAAAAAAAAAACACUCCAAUAUAGUCUAUUUGGGUCAGCUAAGCUCCCCGCUCCCUUAGUUGCUCCUAUAACCCCGUAAACAUCAUCAAAAUGUACUUCUUAAACAGUUAUUUUUUUAAAUUUUAUAGUUCUCUGCCAUAUUGCAUUAUAAUAUUGACUUUUAAACCCGUACGUAAUAUUAUGACAGUAUUAUUUUGUUGUUGUUUUUGUUAUUAAAUUAUCAUUCGGACAACUUAAAUACUAUAUAAUAUUGUACCUAUAUAUGGGUAGGUACAAACACUUUUGGAAAUUGUAUUCGUCUUGUAAAAUUUGUAAAAUAAUUAAUGAUAUAAUACCACGUUUCGUACCGAUUACAAUAAAAACACGCGAGUUAAAAAUGUAUCGAUUAAUAAUUGAUGUACAUACCUACACUAUUAUUAUAUUAAUUAUUAGGCCAGUACCUAGUAUAAGUAAGGAUCGCAGCCUCUUGAUUUCAAUAUAAAUUCUACGCGCCUAGUUUAAACAAAUUAUUAUUGUUUUAUUUAAUUUAUAUUUAUAGUAAAUAUAUAGGAGAGUAGGGGUAGGGGAGCGUUUGAAAAUUGUUUGCUCCUCAAGAGGAACUCCAACUUUAAAAAUAAUAAUGUUAUUAUUCGAAGCAAAUCGUUUUAACUUUACAUAGAGCUCGGGAUUUGGUUACUCCAGAUCCUGGCUAACGUAUAUAAUAUUAUAUAGGUACUUCAACACUCUUACAACCCCUUAAUUACUAUAUCGGUUAUAGGUACCAUUAUAUUGUAUAAGCCUAUAAAAAUAUGCUGUUCGUACGUAUUUUGUUGUUAAAAAAAAAAAAAAAAAAAUUAUUUCUAAUUAAAUCAAACAAUUUUAAAAAAUAUAAUACACUAACCAACUUUUUUUUUUUUUAAAUAUUUGCUUAUGCUCUGUGCAUAUAUGUCAUGUAUAAGUCCUGCCACGUAUCCAAAAUAAUAUAAUAAUAUUAUUAUACAAAAUGUUGAUGUACAUAAAACUAAGAAGGCCUGCAAGAAGGAGAACGCUUUUGUUAUUAUUUUCUUUCCUUACUUUAUAAUUAUUAUUAUUAUUAUUAUUAUUAUUAUACUAUUAAUUAUUAGAAUUUAAUUAUUACCAUACGGUUUCGUAUAUAUUAUAGUUAACCGUUUCGCGUAUGUAUAACUUAUUGGCCAUUAUUUUUUUUUCCAUUCGGUAAAUUUUAAAAUACCGAAAUCGAUGAAAACACCUGUAUAUAAUUGUACGAUACAAUAACAUUGUAUCGUAUAUUAUAUUCCAUACUGUGUCGUAUACAAUAUUAUUAUUAUGUAGAAAUCGAGCUUAUAUUUAAAUAUUACAAGAUAAUCAAAAUAUAAUUAAAACAGUGUCAUACAUAAUAUUAUAAAUCAUUAAAUAACAUAAUAAUGUAUUAUAAUAUACAAAUGGCAGCGAUAAUUUUAUUUGUUAUUUUUUUUUUUUCUUUGCUUUCGAGUGUAUAAUAUAACGAUAAUAUAUAUUUAUUAUUUAACGAUAUAUUAUAAUACAUUUAUAUAGGUAUAAAUUAUGAUUUUUUUUUUUUUUUAUAAUACUACGACGGCAACUAUUUUCUUAAUUAAUUGUAUAAUAUUAUGUUUACUAUUAGAAUAUUAUAUUGAAUAAUAUUAUACACACGCGUGUUAUUAUAUCAUAUAUUUACCUAUACAUAAUAUUAUGUGUAUUUUGAUUAGUUAGUAAGUCAGUUUUUGUGCUCUCGCUCGGUUUAAUUUUUAUUAUUCAAUGCUGCUAUAUAUAUACAUACAAUAAUAAUUAUACAAUUAUAUUAUAUUUCAUCCCUCUCAAUGACUGCAGUCUAUAUAUUUUGUAUUAUAUUAAUAUGUCCUCCACUUAUUGAUUGACUUACGGAAAUAACACCUAUCCUAUAUUUUAGAGUUUCAAAUUUUUCUGGAAGACAAAAAAAACAAGAUGAUCAGCUGUGUAUUAAAGUGGAACGGGAUAUUUUUGGAGAAAAGUGUCUGUAGUGUUUCUUGAAAUAAGUGUUCGACAUUUUCCUUAAAAAAAGGAAUUUGUUCCUUUUCCCAUAAUCCCAAGUACCAACCAGCAUC